AUGAAAAGAUCGUGGAUUGCGGCAAAUUUAUUUGUGUUUGUUUUACAUCUUCUUCAAGGAUUUGAUUAUGAAGAUGGUAAUAUGAAGGUAAGAGAACAGAAUUCUCCAUAAUACAUAUUGUAAUCUGACAAACAGGAUAAAGCAAGUUUAAGUUUUAAUUUCCAGUAGAUAACACAGCAUCUCAAACCUGUGUGAAUAUUUUCAUUUUUAAAAAGGAAACUGUUAGAAUUGAUUGUGUAAUAAUGAAGUAGUGCAGUAAAUAAUGUAACACACACUUUAUUUGAAGUUCAUGAAUUUAAUGCAAAUCGGCUUCCUAGAGUACUAAUUGUUUUAUUUCUUAUCUUAACAACUGAUCUCUCUGUUUUAGUGCGUGGUUACUAGGUCACCAUGUGUUUUGUAGGGACAAUGCUUUGUACAUUCAGUUAGUGCAGGAAAAGAUCAAGACUGAAAUCAAUGAAUUCAUCAUAAUACUUUUGGGGAUUUCUACAGUGACGGGUUAAUUUUUACUCAUGUAAAAGCUACUUGGCAUGGGAAUACUAGUCAGUCCUACAUCAAGAUUAUUUUUUAUACAUUUCAUGAAUACCUAGUAAUCUGACAAAGUUCUCUCAGACCUGCUGAUCUGUGCAAUGUUUCUAUGUAGGCAAGGUGAAAAUACAGAUUCUUUAAAUAUGGACAUGUUUAAAAGAUGCGUCCUGCAUGGCUGCAAUAUGGUCAAUGGUUUCCUCUAUACAAAUUUGAGACCCUAGUAAAAUGUACAUAAUAUAGUUUCUGUAACCAUUAUCUAUUUUUAAUUAGUUUUUAUUUCAUGCACUUUUAUUUCAAAUACUGAUUGUUUUAUUUUUUAAUUUCCUCUCGCCCCACCACUUGUCCGCUUAAUCCCAUCCCAUCCCAUUUUAUCAGAUCUUUCUCCUCUUGUCUUGUGCUGUCAUUAGUGCAUAUCUUCAACAGCCUUUUCUUCUGGCAUUGUCCCUGCUCCCCUUAAACAUGCCACUGUCGUACCUGUCCUAAAAAAAGCCAUCUCUUAACACAGCUUCCCUUUACAUCUAUUGUCCCACAUCCUUGCUCUCUUUUUCCUCAAACUUCUAGAUUGACUUAUCUUUACCAGUCUGACUUGUGUGCUCAAUUUCAACUCUCCCCUCAACCAUCUUUAAUCUGAUUUCCACCUCCUUCACUCUACAGAAACUGCUCUUAUUAAAGCAACAAAUAAUCUAAUCACAGCUAAAUCCAAAGGCCAUUGCUCUAUACACUAAUUAUUCUUGUCCUCUCUACUGCUUUUGACACUGUGUUGAUCAUGUCAUUCUCCUUCAAACUUUUCAAUCUCUCAGUCUCUGGGACACUGUCCUCUCUGGGUUCUCCUCCUAUAUCUUUCAAUCAUUAUUCUAAUAACACCUCCUCCCAUCAACCCACCUCAAUUGGAGUUCUGCAAGGCUCUGUUCUUGUUCAUCUUUUGUUUUCUCUUUAUACUGACUCUUGUGGCAAGCGAAUUGAUUCCUUUGGAUUCCGCUACCACUUGUAUGCCAAUGACACAGAGGUAUUUGUCCUCUUCCCUGAUAUCUCCCCUGCUGUCCUAUAACUGUUCACCUGUUCCCUUUCUUCCAUCUCUGAUUGGAGCGAAGCUCAAUCUCUUUUUCUGAAGCUCAAUCUUUCUACCCGAGCUUCUUAUUUUUCCUUCUCAUAAUACUAAGUUGAUAAUAAGUUAAUGGCACUCACAUCAGCCCGUCCUUGCAAGCUCGCUGUCUUGAUGUUCAGUUCUGGCUUCACCUGUAUGCCUCAUGUCCAGUCUGUUGCCACAAUUCCACCUAAAAAUAUUCUGCAACAUGCUGCUAAGGAGCUUGUUCUUGCCUACCCCCAUCAGACUCUUCCCUAGUCUUCAAUAAUGUAAGAAGUCCCUCAAAACCCAUUUCUUCAGAAAUGCUUGUGGCCUCCCAGAGUAACGUCUAGUUCACAAACCUGCCUCUUGCUCUCUCCCUGAGUGCCACACUCUACUCUCACCUUCCAGUUCUGCUACCUAUCCACCUUGUAAUUUGGUUGCUAUACCUCUUGAUGCCCUUCCUAUUGUGUUUUAUACCCCACCUCCUCCAGACUCCAGGCUUUUUUUUUUUUUUUUUAGCAGGGUCCUCAUCAACUUAUUGUUCCUGUAACAGUUUGUACCUGUCUCAUUUAUUGCUUAAUUUCCCCCUUUUAUAAUAUUUUAAAACACUGCAGAAUAGGUUGUUGCUAUAUAAAUAAAUAAUCAUUCUCUAUAGGUAGCUCAAAAAGAUUUAUAUACCAUUGCAUAGAAACAUGCAUGUACCAUGUAAUGUUAUAUUAUAAAUAUUUAAAAUCUAUAAAUGUAAUCAAAAGAAGCUUGUAAACUCCUUUAUCUCCUAUCUAUCUCAAUCUGCCGAUCUUCAGGAGUUCAGUAGAAUAUUGAAUACUUGUAAUUACUCCCUCCCCCCUGUUUUAUAAGUGCCUCUAGGGAGUAUAGGUUGUGCCGUAGAGGUAGUGGGACAGGAGAGAUACUGCAAGCAUGUAACAUCUGGGACAAUAAACAUUCCAGACUUGUGCAUCUGCAGGCAUCCCACACAUUACCAGACACUGUCUGUACUAAUGAAACACACUUGUCGGCUAUUAGAACUAUUGUACUUUAUAUGCUAGACAGAAAGGCUUAAAGAAGAAUUCAUGUUGAGCUACAUGUCGCGUGUUAUUGCUUCAUGUUACAGGGCAGAUCAUUUUACCAUUAAACUUUACAGAAAUCCGUAAGGAUACAAAAAAGGCAAAUUAAUUUCGUGUCAAAAUACCAAAUUAUUGUGUCUCCAUAUUUCAUUAUUUUUGAUAUGAUACAUUGUAGUAUGGAAAAUGAUCAUUGCUUGUAAAAAUGCAUGUUGUUUGUGUUGCUUGCACUUGACUGAGUGAGCGGUGUCUCAUCGAUGAUACAUUUUGAUGCAGACCUGUAUUUGAUGUUAAAAAAAGUGGCAAUGUCACUUUUUGAACUUUGGUCUGAAAGAGGUAAAAAAAUUCCACAUAUUCAGCACUUUUAAAAAACAAAACGAUAACUCCCACUUGUAAUAUGACAUCAAGUAAACAAUUUGAUAAUGGAUGGCCUGUCGCCAUUGGCUGUCAGAUGCCAAUUUUGCAAAUAAUUCACAUUAACCACCUAGAACUAUCUCUGGACGGACUACUGGCCCAAUUAUGCUACAGGAGGUGUAUUUAGAUAAAGCUAACUUGUGCGCUUGUUUGAUGAUGCUGAUGUGGAAGCAAUUGGCCUGGGAUGACUGUCUAACAAGUUAUCACUUAAUGUUACUAUGUAUAAGUCCUGUCUGUUCUUAUUACAGUCAGGAAUUGUAUGCAGUGGGUGCAAUGUUCAAUAAACCACAACUCCUAGUAGUCAACGUAACUAGUAGCCAUUAAUAAGAAUAUCCACUACACAUCAAAUAGCAUAAAUAAAAUAACACUUUAUUAAUUGAUCCAUAUACAGUUCUGCUCAAAAGUUUGCAUACCCUGGCAGAUAUUGUGAAAUUUUGGCAUUGAUUUUAAAAAUGACUGAUCAUGCAAAAAAAAAAUCAUUUUAUUGAAGGAUAGUGAUCAUAUGAAGCCAUUUACUAUUACAUCGUUGUUUGGCUCCUUUUUAAAUCAUUAUGAUAAAUGAAAUCACCCAAAUGGCCCUGAUCAAACAUUAACAUGCCUUGUUACAGACAUACAAGGUGACACACACGCAGGUUAAAAUGGCAAUUAAAGGGUAAUUUCCCAAACCUGUGGCUUUUUACAUUGCAAUUAGUGUCUGUUUAUGAAUAGUCAAUUAGUUUGUUAGCUCUCAUAUGGAUGCACUGAGCAGGCUAGAUACUGAGCCAUGGGAAGCCGAAAAGAACUGUCAAAAGACCUGCGUAACAAGGUAAUGGAACAUUAUAAAGAUGGAAAAUGAUAUAAAAAGAUAUCCAAAGUCUUAAAAAUGAGAGUCAGUACUGUUUAAUCACUUAUUAAGAAGUAGAAAAUACAGGGAUCUCUUGAUAUCAAGCCAAGGUCAGGUAGACCAAGAAAAGUUUCAGCCACAACUGCCAGAAGAAUUGUUUGGGAUACAAAGAAAAACCCACAGGUAAGCUCAGGAGAAAUACAAGCAGAAAAAAACGGUGUGGUUGUUUCAAAGUGCACAAUACGAUGAUACUUGAACAAAAAUUAUCUGCAUGGUUGAGUUGCCAGAAAGAAGCCUUUACUGCGCCAUUGCCACAAAAAAAAGCCAGGUUACAAUAUGCCUGACAAUACCUUGACAUGCCUUCCUGCUUCUGGCACACUGUAAUUUGGAGUGACAAGACCAAAAUAGAGCUUUAUGGUCACAAUCAUAAGUGCUUUGUUUGGAGAUGGGUCAACAAGGCAUAUAGUGAAAAGUAUAGCUUCCCCACUGUGAAGCAUGGUGGUGGUUCACUGAUGUUUUGAGGGGGUGUGAGCUCUAAAGGCACAGGGAAUCUUGUGAAAAUUGAUGGCAACAAGAAUGCAUCAUGUUAUCAGAAAAAACUGGCAGACAAUUUGCAUUCUUCUGCACGAAGGCUGCGCAUGGGACGCUCUUGGACUUCCCAGCAUGACAAUGAACCUAAGCACAAGGCCAAUUGUACCCUUCAGUGGUUACAGCAGAAAAAGGUAACCGUUCCUGAGCGGCCAUCAUAGUCUCCUGACCUAAUAUCAUCGAACCACUCUGGGGAGAUCUCAAACAUGCAGUUAAUGUAAGACGACCACAGACUUUGCAUGACCUGGAGGCAUUUUGCCAAGACAAAUGGGCAGCUAUAUCAUCUGCAAGAAUUACUGGCUUCAUAGACAACUAUUACAAAAGACUGCACACUGUAAUUGAUGCUAAAGGGGGCAAUACAUAGUAUUAAGAACUAAGGGCAUGCAGACUUUUGAACAGGGGUCAUAUCAUGGUUUUCUUAUUUAUUUAUUUAUUUUUUUAAAUCUUUAUUUUUGUGUUGACAUAGAAGUAAACCAUCAGUACAGUAUACCAGAGCUUGCGCAGAAGCCGUAUUGAGGCAGGGUGUCUCUUAAGGUAUAUCAUAGUUUGGGUACAUUUUGCUUCACAUUCCUGCGGUAUUUCGGGGUCUUUUUAUGCAGUCAACAUUUUGUAUUGUUACAUAUAGUAUAAACAAUAAUCAAACAACAAAGAAUAAAGUAACAUGUUAUAUAAUUAAAAAUGUUGGCUCUAUGCGUUUAGAGGUGUAUUCGUUUUGCUCUUGCUGCUGUGAGUGGUUAGGUCUCGUUAUAUGGGAGGGCUGUUGCCAUGUUUUGUUUUAUGAUUGUGCCGUUCUGUUAUAACCUACAGUUGAAUAUGAAUACCAUUUUACCUGCUCACUCAUGUUUUCUUUAAAAAUGGUACAUAUAUAUACCAAUAGAAUGUAAUCUCCCCAGAUUGCAAGAACCCGAUUUAACUAUUUUGGAGCCAGUGUGCAAGGAUAUUGUGGAUUUUUUUUUUUUUUAUAUACAGUCAGGUCCAUAAAUAAUGACCAAAAGUAAUGGGACAGAUUAACAGUCAUAAAUCAAACUUUCACUUUUUAAUACAUGGUUGCAAAUCCUUUGCAGUCAAUUACAGCCUGAAGUUUGGAAAGCAUAAACAUCACCAGACAUUGGGUUUCAUCCCUGGUGAUGCUCUGCCAGGCCUCUACUGCAACUGUCUUCAGUUCCUGCUUGUUCUUGGGGCAUUUUCCCUUCAGUUUUGUCUUCAUCAAGUGAAAUGCAUGCUCAAUCGGAUUCAGGUCAGGUGAUUGACUUGGCCAUUGCAUAACAUUCCACUUCUUUCCCUUAAAAAACUCUUUGGUUGCUUUUGCAGUAUGCUUCGGGUCAUUGUCCAUCUGCACUGUGAAGCGCCGUCCAAUGAGUUCUGAAGCAUUUGGCUGAAUAUGAGCAGAUAAUAUUGCCCAAAACACUUCAGAAUUCAUCCUGCUGCUUUUGUCAGCAGUCACAUCAUCAAUAAAUACAAGAGAACCAGUUCCAUUGGCAGCCAUACAUGCCCAUGCCAUGACAUUACCACCACCAUGCUUCACCGAUGAGGUGGUAUGCUUUGGAUCAUGAGCAGUUCCUUUCCUUCUCCAUACUCUUCUCUUCCCAUCACUCUGGUACAAGUUGAUCUUGGUUUCAUCUGUCCGUAGGAUGUUGUUCCAGAACUGUGAAGGCUUUUUUAGAUGUUGUUUGGCAAACUCUAAUCUGGCCUUCCUGUUUUUGAGGCUCACCAAUGGGUACAUCUUGUGCUGAACCCUCUGUAUUCACUCUGGUGAAGUUUUCUUUUGUUUGCUGACUUUGACACACAUACACCUACCUCCUGGAGAUUGUUCUUGAUCUGGCCAACUGUUGUGAAGGGUGUUUUCUUCACCAGGGAAAGAAUUCUUCGGUCAUCCACCACAGUUGUUUUCCGUGGUCUUCCGGGUCUUUUGGUGUUGCUGAGCUCACCGGUGUGUUCUUUCUUUUUAAGGAUGUUCCAAACAGUUGAUUUGGCCACACCUAAUGUUUUUGCUAUCUCUCUGAUGGGUUUGUUUUGUUUUUUCAGCCUAAUGAUGGCUUGCUUCACUGAUAGUGACAGCUCUUUGGAUCUUAUAUUGAGAGUUGACAGCAACAGAUUCCAAAUGCAAAUAGCACACUUGAAAUGAACUCUGGACUUUUUAUCUGCUCCUUGUAAAUGGGAUAAUGAGGGAAUAACACACACCUGGCCAUGGAACAGCUGAGCAGCCAAUUGUCCCAUUACUUUUGGUCCCUUGAAAAGUGGGAGGCACAUAUACAAACUGUUGUAAUUCCUACACCGUUGACCUGAUUUGGAUGUAAAUACCCUCAAAUUAAAGCUGAAAGUCUGCAGUUAAAUCACAUUUUGUUCAUUUCAAUUCAAAUCCAUUGUGGUUGUGUAUAGAGCCAAAAAGAUUAGAAUUGUGUCGAUGUCCAAAUAUUUAUGGACCUGACUGUAUAUAUAUAUAUUGCCAAUUCUCCAAGGGUAUGCAAACUUUUGAGCACAACUGUAUACAAAAAUUUUUUUAAAUAUGAUCAAAUGCAAAAAAAUAAGCAAUAUCCUUAUGCAGAAUUCAUUCAAUCUGAAAACAAAUAUAAUGUAGAUAUAUAUAUAUAUAUAUAUAUAUAUAUAUAUAUAUAUGUAUAGAACAGCAAACAAAAAUUAACAUCAAAAGUUGCAAAUGAAAUGUUAAUAUAGAUAGUCUGUAUCAAUAGUGUUACUUCAAACAACAGUAGUGUGGGACUGGAGCCAGGAUACCAGAGUACUUAACGUUUUAGCCAUUAGGGCCUUAGAUAGCUCUGUUUCCACACUACUGUUGUUUGAGGUAACACUAUUGAUACAGACUAUCUAUAUUAGCAUUUCAUUCUGCUUGGGUCCUGAAAUUCAUGUGCAUGAAUGACUAUCUGGAGUUUGUUACAGACCACUUACAGCCCUUCAUGACAAUGGAGUUCCUUGAUAGUGGCUUCUUUCAACCAGAUAAUGCACCCUGCCACACUGCUAUCAUUGUUCAGGGAGGGUUUGAGUAAAAUGACAAAGAGUUUAAGGUGUUGCUUUGGCCUCCAAAUUUCCUAGAUCUCAAUCUUAUUGAGAAUUUAUGAGAUGUGCUAGAAUAACAAAUCCAAUACAUGGAGUCUCUACCUCGCAACUUGUAGGAUUUAAAGAAUCUGCUACUAAUUUCACGGUGCCACAUACCAUAGGACAUGAUCAGAGGUCUUGUGGAGUCCAUGCCUAUACACAUCAGAGCUGUUUUGUCAGCACAAGAGAAACCUACACAAUAUUGGGCAGGAGAUUUCUUUUUUUGCUCCGGCCACACACUGCACCGCAAGUGAUAUCUCGGGGUGUUGUGGUGUGUGGUCGCACCGUCCGAGUAGGUUGGGUAGGCAUCCGGGUUUUCCCCUCCGGGCCCUUGGCCCAGGAAGGCAGCUGCGGGCUUUGGACUGAAUAAGACGUAGCUUCUUCCUCGACGGCCUCUUGCUCUUGAGCGGUGUCAGCGGUUUCCGUCUGUUGCCUGCCACGAGGAGUUGCUGGUCGGGAGGUGAGUUCCUCUGCUUUACCAUUCUCUGCUUUUUCCUGCAGCGUUUAAUUUGUUCUGCUUAGCAGCUUCUGCCAAAAUCUGUUGAACAGGCCAUCCAGGCACUAUUUGAGUGUUGUGUGCAGCCCGCUUGCCUCAGCAGUAAGGUCAGCAGCCACCAUCUUGGUCUCGGUAGCACGACCGUGUUUUUGCAGCUGGGGCUGACAAAUGUGAGAGUCCAAACAUUGCUGUUACUUGCCGGGGUGAUCCCCACUGGCUGGAGGGGGAACGGGUUUCCCACUUCGUCAGCUUUUGCCAGCAGGAUAGGCAGCCGGGAGAGUCUCCCGUUUCUCCCGUGCUCGCCUCUGACUGGAAGCUGCGGUUUCACCACCAGGAGUAGCUGGUCCGUCCUCAAAAGCCUCCCAGUAGGGGUGCUAGGGUAAUGCCGGCUCUCCCUCGUAGUUUAGUGGUGUUUGAGGCUGUGAGAAGUGUCGGGAUUUCUUUUUAGGGAGUCUAGCACGGAGCGCUUGUUUCAUGAGGCCAUGCAGCUCGGCGGUCAGGCCCCGUCCCCUAGGCAGGAGAUUUUAAUGUUGUGGCUGGUCAUUGUAGUUGAACCGGCUUCUGACCUGGCUAAUCCUUGGUCAUUCUGUCCUCUGCUGUCUUUGGCCUGUUUUCUUAUCUGCCUGAUAAUCUCUGUUUGCCUUCAUUUGUUCUGUUACUCCCUUCAUUCGAAACUAUUCUGCCUAUCUUGUCACCACAUUAAAUGUGUUUGGACUGGUAAUAUGCUGCUAUCAUUUCUGUUCUUUGCCUCUGUUAGCCUUGCGCGCUAGAGCCAUUCACUAUCCUGACAAUCUCUCAUGUCUCCAAGGUUAAUGGGUUGUCAGCUGAACCCCUCAGUACCUUGAAGGGUUACUCCAAGCACCAUGACUACUUCAGUGAUUUGAAGUAGUCAUGGGGCUUGUAGUCUAGUGUUUUACUAUGAUAUGCUCCACACAUGGAAAUUAACCCAUCUACUGCCAGAGAUGUAACUCCACCUCUGACAGCAUUAUAGGGGCAUCAUUAGUUAGCAGGGAAUUCUGUGCAGCAAACACAGCAUGCUGGUGCCCGACAACCAACAGUGGAAUAUAGUGCUGAAAAAGUGGUCUGGGCACACCUGGAGGUUUCUUUGAUAGGCAGCUCUGUAUUUGGAGUGUCAAAUAAAAUGUUUCGGCUCCCCUGAGCCUUUGUCAAGUCUUCUUAGACCAAAUAAAGAUUUCCUAUCAAAAAACCUCCUGGUGUGCGCAGACCAUUUUUUCACUAUUAUAUUCUGGAUGGAACAUUGGUCCUCCCUGUUUGGAGCCCCCUGCUGGAAAUAUUCCCCGGACAAUUGAUGUGUGCAAUAUUCUCUUAAUCUUUACAAAAAGCCAAUGGUGGAAAGGCUUGAUGAUGAUGAUGGGGGGGGGGGUGGGGAGGGAGGGAGCAGCAUAAUGUCUCGGCCCGGCCCAGGCUGAAAGGAUAACUUGGCCAUGUUGCUGGAACAGGGGUAAGUUUUAAGUAUAUUUUUUAUUUAAUUUUUGGGGGGGACCCCAACAAGGAGAGUUACUCUGACCAAAAACUGUUUUCUAAAAAAACACUGUUUGUUUUUAUUUAUAAGUAGAGUCACCAAUUAAUAAACAGAGCAGUUAAGAUGUUGACCUUUUUUGAGUGCAGCCCUAUUAAAGUGCAGCUAUAAAGAUGUUUGACAUUUCAUUUGUUUUAAGUUUGGUUUGUUUAAAGUGAAUCUUUAUAUACAAUGAUUCUUUAUUAGCUCUUUAUGACAUUGCUCUAUAUAUGCAGAUGCUAUAUUCCUAUCAAUUUCUCAUUAUUCUCAGUCUGCUAACGUGGCAAUACCAAAGAUAAAUGUGUUUAUUUGAUCCCUCAAUCCUGGGAUACAACACACAAGACAUGUAUUGUAACACACGUGUGUGGACCUGCUCCAACAAAUUAUUCUAAAUGCAGACGAUCGGCAAAAUGUUUAAGAUCAUUUUUUAGUGACACAGAUGACUGAAAGUAGAGAAAUACAAUAGGUGAAUAUUGGAUAUUUAUAAGAUUUUACUACAGAAUGCAGCUUCACAUGAAAAUGUUUUACUGACUGGCAAGAAAAAACAAAAAUAUGUCCUUGUAACACCAAACUAAUCUGACCAAAUAUGUACAUAACAUUGCACUUAUCACUCUGUUUAUACAAUACUUUUUACAAGUAACCUUAAAAUAACUUAGCAUGUCUAACUUGAGAUACUGGGACUCAAACUGUCUCAGCUGUUCUCGGGGAGCAUCUUCUCGUUUUGUCCAAAUAAGCUUUUUGGAGAAUUGCAAAUUUUAAAAUAGAAAGAACGGAGGCGAAAGCGUAUAAAGGCAUUUACAGCUAAUAUCUGGAACUCAUCACGUUUACUGAUCCAAUACUUUUUAAAACAAUAACACAGACAAAUUAUAAUUUUGGAUGGGUAAGAACACGAUUAUAUUUAACUAGUUUUGGAUUCCAGACUUCCAUCUGAUAUAAUCCACUUAUAUACGUACAAGAUAUGGAGACAAUCUAUAUUAUGUCCUUAUGAAAAUAUCAACAGAUAUUGUAAGCAAUGCGUGAUAAUAAUUGUGUUACCCUGACAUGACAUCAUGGCAUUGGUGUUAUGUGCUAACUUUAGACAUGACUUGGUCUUUUCACCCAAACUUAGCAGCCUUGAGUAGUUCUCUGUUCUGACUGGUUGUCUGAAAUGAUUAGAGGCAAUAGAUUGGGAGUAGAAUAGACUAAAUAAUAAUAAUAAGCAGUCCAGUAAAUCUUAACAUCAAGCAUUUUUCUCUCUUCACCAACUAUUCCUUCUGGGUACAUUAACCUCUGAUUCAUGUGUAAGAAACACAUUUUUCUGCACCUAGCUAAAUUUUCAGUGUAAUCUUGAAGGCCAGACCUGCCAUCCACAGGUGAAAAUAUAUAUUUUUUUUAAGUAUCUUGCCAUCAUACUUUUAAUUUAAUCAAAAAAAUACUGAGAAUCAUAACACAAACCUUAACAUUUGAUACAUCCAGCUAACCCCUUCCUUACCAUUAUUAAUAGAGAAACCUCUACAUUUGAUUGGACUGAUUAGACACAAUAUAUAUCAGAUCUUUAAAAGAUGGACACAUUAUACCUUUGACCAAACAUUCCAAGAGAGAAAAAAAAGAAUCUUCCUUAGAAUUGAACCUUGUUACAUGUAUAUGGUUCUUCUUGGAAACACCCUAUACUGCCUCUUAUGCAUCCAUUGCACUACUGUACCUUGGUGAUAUAUCACUAGAACUCUCUAUUGUCUUCUCUCUCCUUGGACUGUGAUUUCACUUUCAUAUAUUGUUCUGCUGUUAAUGCUGUUAUUGAUGUACUUACAUUUAAGAUCAAAAUAUCGCACAGAUGUCUUUGCAUAUUAUUAGUCUAGUUUCCUUUAAUUCUGUACGUUUUGUGUUGAAUAUUGUAACUUGUAUUAAUUUAUAAUGCAUCUUGGACUUAAAAACCCAGGGGCAGAGUACAGAAUAUUUGAUAGAGUCCUAACCUCAAAAUCUGAGGAAAGUGAUUUAGGAGUUAUUAUUUCUGAUGACUUAACCCUUUAAAGACCAAACGUCUGGAAUAAAAGGGAAUCAUGACAUGUCAUGUGUCCUUAAGGGGUUAAAGGACCACUAUAGUGCCAGGAAAACAAACUAGUUUUCCUGGCUCUAUAGGGUCAUUGGGUCCUCCUCCCCCUCUGGGUCCCCCUCCCGCCAUGCUCUAGGGUGAGGAAGGGGUUAAAUUCCUACCUCGGCGCUGGGGACUCUCCUCCUCCUUCUGACGUCAUUGGCUGGAUGCACAUGCGCAGCAAGAGCCACGCGCGCAUUCAGCCAGUCUCACGGGAAAGCAUUCUCAAUGCUUUCCUAUGGACGCUGGCAUCUUCUCACUGUGAAAAACACAGUGAGACGCGCGGAAGCGCCCCUAGCGGCUGUCCUUAAAACAGCCACUAGAGGCUGGAUUAACCCUAAUGUAAACAUAGCAGUUUCUCUGAAACUGCUAUGUUUACAGCUGCAGGGUUAACCCUAGAUGGACCUGGCACCCAGACUACUUCAUUAAGCUGAAGUGGUCUGGGUGCCUAUAGUGGUCCUUUAAAGGUAGGCAUACAAUGUAAUAGAGCAGCAGAAAAUGCUAUCAGAAUGCUUGGUUGUAUAGGGAGAGGUAUUAGCAGUAGAAAGAGGGAAGUGCUCAUGCCAUUGUACAGAACUGGUGAGACCUCAUUUGAAGUAUUGUAUGCAGUACUGGAGACCAUAUCUCCAGAAGGAUAUUGAUACUUUAGAGAGGGUUCAGAGAAGGGCUACUAAACUGGUUCAUGGAUUGCGGGAUAAAACUUACAAGGAAAGGUUAAAGGAUCUUAACAUGUAUAGCUUGGAGGAAAGACAAGACGGGGGAUAUGAUAGAAACAUUUAAAUACAUAAAGGGAAUCAACACAGUAAAGGAGACUAUAUUUAAAAGAAGGAAAACUACCACAACAAGAGGACAUGUUAAAUCUUGCAUCUUAAAUCUUAAGUCUUAAAUUAGAGGGGUAAUGGUUUAAAAAUAAUAUCAGGAAGAAUUACUUUACUGAGAGGGUAGUGGAUGCAUGGAAUAGCCUUCCAGCUGAAGUGGUAGAGGUUAACACAGUGAAGGCGUUUAAGCAUGCAUGGGAUAGACAUAAGGCUAUCUAAGCUAUAAGAUAAGGCCAGGGACUAAUGAAAGUAUUUAGGAAAUUGGGCAGACCAGAUGGGCCGAAUGGUUCUUAUCUGCCGUCACAUUCUAUGUUUCUAUGUUUCUAUUUUGUUGUUUAAUAAAUGUUAUACAAAAAUAAGUAACAUCAUAGAAAGUUUUAUGGCAUUUUACACAUUUUACAGACCAUUGAAGGUGACUUUAUUGAACCCGUUAAUGACGGUUAGGAAAGGCAUUUAUCAUGAGCAUUCUAAUAUAUUAUUUUCUAUUAAGAGGUUAAUAAACUUAUAAUGAAAUCUGACUGGACCAGGGGUAGGUAACAUUUGGCACUCCAUAUGUUGUGGACUACAUAUACCAUAAUGCUGUUACAGCCAUAAUGCUGGCAAGGCAUCAGGAGAGACAUAGUCCAACACAUCUGGAAUGUUCAAAGAUUACCUGUUCUGGACAAACAUCUGUAAUAGUUCAGGAACUUGCAACAUGGUUGAAAGUAUAUUUUAACAAAGUGCUUCAUUUCCAAUAUGUAAGCCAAAUUUCAGCCUUGCUAGAGCACCCUGGUACUCGAACGACAUGUGAGCAUGGUGAAUAGAAAUCAGUUACCACUUCCGAGUUCUGCUCAGGGCCGGACUGGGGAUACAAAGCAGCCCUGGAAAAAAAAAAAUUGUGCCAGCCCCAUAAGUCACUGCGCCAUAUAUUGUCGCGUGUAAUAUGUAAGGCUAUGUCUUGCCAGGACAGAUGAUUGAGUAAUAUAUAUAUAUAUAUAUAUAUAUAUGCUUUUUCUAAUAUAAAAUAUUGGUCCUUUCAGGGUAAAACGUUUAAUUAUACAGUAAGCAUACGCACAUGCAGACACAGGCAAUUUCACUGACAUUUCAGUGACACACACAAGCUCAUUGAUACACAGCCUCAUAGACAAACAAUCUUACUGAUAUACAUCAGCUCAUUGACAUAAAAACACAAGCUCACUCACUAGCAGGCACACGCAUGCAAGCAAGCUCACUCACUAGCAGACGCACACACACAGCUUAAUGUGGUGUCUAUAGCAUGUCCCUACAGGCUUUUCAACGUAAACACUGACUUUUCAGACAAAAUGCAGUGUUUACAUUGCUUCAAAGUGACACUGCUAGUGACAGUCACUCAGACGGUCACUAGAGGUGCUUCCUGUGUUAGUGCACCUACAUUCAGGGCCUCCACACUCUGUAGGUGCUGAACGUUCCCCAUAGAGAUACAUUGAUUCAAUGCAUCUUUAUGAGGAGAUGCUAAUUGGAGUGGCGUUUUGCAGCCAAUCCUAUGGCAAAGCAUUGGAUUGGCUGAGAUCAUCAAGCUUGAUGAUCUCAGCUAUAGAGGCAGGGACAGUCGAGGGAGACCAGCACGCUGCGUGGGGGAAAAAAAAGUGAGCAAAAACACUAUUUUUAAACACACAUUUACACCAUGACAGACACAGAAACACACAUAUACCAUGACAGAUACACACCCCAUGACAGACACACACACACACCAUGACAGACCAUGACACAAACAGACACACACCAUGACGGACAGAUAGACACACACACACCAUGACGGACAGACACACACACACACACACCAUGAAUGACAGACAGACACACACACACCCCAUGAUGGACAGACAGACACACAAACGCACACACCCCAUGACGGACAGACAGACACACACAUACACCCCAUGACGGACAGACAGACACACACACACACACCAUACAGACAGACACCAUGACACAGACAGACACACACACACCAUACAGACAGACAGACACCAUGACACAGACAGACACACACACACCAUACAUACAGAUAGACACCAUGACACAGACAGACAGACACACACACACCAUACAGACAGACAGACACCAUGACACAGACAGACACACACACACCAUACAGAUAGACAGACACCAUGACACAGACAGACAGACACAUACACACACACCAUACAGACAGACACCAUGACACAGACAGACAGACACCAUGACACAGACAGACAGACACACAUACACACACCAUACAGACAGACAGGCACCAUGACACAGACAGACAGACACCAUGACACAGACAGACAGACACACAUACACACACCAUACAGACAGACACCAUGACACAGACAGACACAUUACUUAUACCUGCCAGGGGGAGGUCUUCUGGGGGCCGCUGGGGGACUUUUACCACUGGGGAGGUCUUCUGGGGGCAUCUGGGGGACAUGUCCUGUCGGCCGCUGGGGAGGUCUUUUGGCGGCCGCUGGCGGACUUGUCCUGGUGGCCGCUGGGGGAGCUGCGUCUUACUUACUUCCUCCUUGGUCGUCUUACUCCCCCACCUGUUCUUCUUACCCCCCUUCUUCUUCUUACUCCCCCCUUCUUCUUCUUAACCCUCCUACUUCUUCUUACCCCCCUUCUUCUUCCUCCCCCUUCUUCUUCUUCCUCCCCCUUCUUCUUACUCCUCCUUCUUCUUCUUACCCCCCUCUUCUUCUUCUUACUCCCCACUCUUUUUCUUACUUACCCCUUCUUCUUCUAACCCUCUUUUCUUAUCCUCCUCCUGCUUACUCCCCCCUCCUUUUCUUACUCCCCUCUUUUCUUGCUCCCCUCCUCUUCUUCAGCUUCUUACUCCCCAUCUUUUCGCCUCACUUGCUCUUCUUCUUGCCCUCUUUUCUUACAUCUUCCCCUCAGCCCCUGCUCCCCUCCUCUUCUUAUUCCCCCUCCUCUUCUUGUUCCCCUCCCUCCUCUUCUUAUUCCCCCCUCCUCUUCUUAUUCCCCUCCUCUCUUCUUAUUUCCCUUCCUCCCCUCUUUUUUUAUUCCCCUCCUCUUCUUGUUUCCUCCUCCUCUCUUCUUGUUCCCUCCCUCCCCUCUUCUUAUUCCCCCUCUUUUUUUUAUUUCUUUCCCUCUUCUUGUUCCCCUCUUUUAUUCCCCCUCCCUCUUCAUUCCCUCCCUGCUUCCCUCUCUUCUUACCCCGUGCGUGGCCGGGGCUGCACUCCGGUCAGCGGUGGCCGACGGAGUGAUAGGAGGUGCACUGGGUGUGCACUUCCCUGUCGAUCCCGGCCCGGUCCCAAAACAGAAACUCUUGUGAACAGGGCUUCUGUUUCCCACUGUAACCGGACAGAUGACAGGAGUACGCACUGGGUGUGCCUUCCUAUCCGCUCCUGGCUUGCGAACAGCUGCUACGGCAGCCUGGGGCUGUAACAGGCGGCUCAGGCACCAAUCAAGGAGCGACCCUGGGGGGCAAUUGCCUCCCUGCCCCCCGGCCCAGCCCGCCCCUGCCAGCGGCCGACAGCAGACCCAGGUGUCUGCCCGGCCCCAGGUGCCGACGGCCCACCGGGAAAUUUCCCGGUAUCCCGGUGGGCCAGUCCGGCCCUGGUUCUGCUGAAAUAAUAUCAGCAUAAUAACUGUUUUUUUGUGACCUUGUGAAAUGGAUUUCUGUGACAGAACAGCAUAAAUCUAAAUGUAACAUUUGGUGGUCGAAUAGCUUGGGGCUAUUUUCCAUAGCAAUUGAGUUCAAGAAAAGGGCCUUCGGCACUCCAGAUGCUGUGGACUACAUCUUCCAUGAUGCUGUUAAAGCCAUAAUGUUGGCAAUGCAUCAAGGAAGAUGAAGUCCACGACAUCUUGAGUGCUGAAGGUUGCCUAUUCCUCUUCUAGAAUCUAGAUCAAUCUGUGCUUACACCAUCGUGUCAACAUGACAAUUUUCUUGAACACAAAGCCGUUGCAAAAAAUUGGGUGGAAAUUAGUAUGGCGAAACGUAAUUAGUAAUGCACGUAGAACUUUACUCAUCUUCACUAAAAAUCUUUGGAGUAAAAGGUAACACACUGCAAAGCAGACUUGUGCGUGCAACAUUCCUGCCCAGCCUCUAUAAAACUUCUGAUGAUAAAAGCAAAUUCCGAAAGAAAUCUUUAAAAGUCUAGAACAAAACCUCUUCAGAAAAGUGGAAACCAACUCCUUUUAUUACCUAUACUUUUGGAAUGAGAUGAGGUUUUGUCCUGCAAACCUGUUAUUUUGUUCUUAGGAAAGUUUAGCAAUAAUAACUAAAAGAAUGCAAAAAGGCCACUUUUUAUUGCACAUCUUUAAACACCUAUUAAGAGCUUUUUUGUUUUAUUUUUCUCCGAGCUCUACUUUUAUACCACAUGUUCAAAACACAUAAACAAAUCCCAACAAUAUUGCUUUGUUGAGCAAGGCUAAAGUUGAGUUUCCAAAUGGAAGACUGGAUGUAUAUUUGAAACAUUGACAUCUGUUUUAAAUUAAGAGUGUAAUUGCUACACAAAUUGCCUUAAUAAACACACAAAACCUAUUUUUAACUAAGAUGUAGUCUGGGAGCAUAAUAUUUAGGGGAAAAAAAGCUUCAGACAACUCUUUAAUAGGAGAACGGUCACAAUUGACACCAUUUAAUAAAAUAUUGAAAAUCAUGCAUAAAUUGUUAACAUUGUUUUCAUGAGAUUCUCCAUUUUCCUUUUAAUUUAUAUUAAAGAUUUAGAGAAUUAUAUCAUAAUCCAGUUCACACAAAAACAAAGCCAGAUCAAACAUUGAAAAUAAGGAGGUGAUUUAGAAACAUGCUUUAAUUUAUUUUUUUAAAUUCUUUAUUUGGUAGAUAUUUGUGUUUGUAACAUACAGAUUAGAACCAAUACAGCAUAAAAUAUUCCAUGUUUAACAGUGUGCACACAGUUGGUGACAAGUCAGUGGGUUCAUACAGGUUUUGGCAGCAGGAUUGCAAUGCGAGUACCAGUAAAGGCAAUAAACAGUGAGCAACCCAAGUGUUAUGGAGUUGUGGUGGAAUUUAUUGUAACAAUGUGAGUACGACCAGCUUCAGGUAUCGGGAGCUUGUGUGCCUUAUAUAUGAUCAAUAUUAAAGGACCACUAUGGCCCUUUUGAGCUCAAUGAAGUGGUCUGGGUGCCAGGUCCUGCCAAGUCAGGGCUGGCGCUACCUGUAAGGCGACCUAGGCUGCGCUGCCUGAUCGCUUUUACAAGCCUCAGGCGGCGCAGCACUGCUGUGAAGGGCUGCUGGAUUUGAGUAACCGUCAGGAGGGCAGCGCAGAGCGAUCCCUCCCGCCUGUCUCUCAAUGUAGCGUGGCCAGGCGGCGUGGAACGCGGGACAGGAACCUCUGUUUCCUGUACCCGGCCGCCGGCGGACUGACAGGAAGUGCUCACUGAGUGAGCACUUCCCUGCAGUCCACCGGCGGCCGGGUACAGGAAACAGAGGUUCCUGUCCCGCGUUCCGCGCCGCCCGGCCACGCUACAUACAUGGGAGGGAAGAGGAGGGCAAGGACCACCAGGGGAGGGGGGUAGGUAAGGACCACAGGGGGAGGGGGGUAGGCAAGGACCAAAGGGGGAGGGGUGGUGCUGACCACCAGGAAGGGGUAUGGACCACAAGGGAGGGGGAGCAAGUGACCACCAGGGAAGGGAGGUAUGGACCACAAGGGGAGUGGGGGGCGCAAGGAUCACCAGGAGGGGUGAAGACCACCAGGGGUGGACCACAAGAGGAGGGGAGGUGGUGCGCGACCACAGGGGAGGGGAGGUAAGGACCACCUGGGAGGGGGGAGGGGAGAGGUAUGGACCACCAGGGGAGUAAAAGUGACCACCAGGAGGGGCGACAGUGAGGUGAGCAAAGAAUCCACUGGGGAGUGGGGCGUGCAGGCAAGAACCACUGGGAGAGGAGGGGAGUAAGGACCCCUGGGGGAAGUGAAGGACCACAGGGGGAGGGGGGGUGGGGAGUAAGGACCACUGAGGGAGGAGGGGGGAGGUCCACUACGGGGUUUGGGAGAGGGAGGACCACUAAGGAGGGAAAGGACCACCAAAGGGGGGUAAGUAGGGAGGACCCUGAGGGGAGGAGGGUAAGGACCACUAAGGGGAAGGGGAGAAAGAGGAUAAUGACCACUGAGGGGGGUAGAUUGCCAAUAAGGGGGUGGGGGGAGGAGGGGAAUGUCUACUAAGGGGUUUGGGAGAGGGAGGACCACUAAGGGGAGGGAUGGAGGACCACUAAGGGGGAGAGGGGGGAGUGAGAAGACCACCAAGGGGGGACUACAGGGGGCCAAGGGAGAGCACUAAGGGACAGGAGGGAAGGGGAAAUCAAUAAUUGACAGGAGGGUGAGCACUAUGCAAAAAAUAAAAAAAAUAAAGAGCUGCUCCCCUCUCAGUCCCUAUCCUACCCCACAAACCCUCUCUUUUACACUACACACAUACACAUUGCAUCCCCCCACACACACACAGAAACAUACAAUGCAUUCCUACUCACACACAGACACACCCAAAACACACAAUGCAUCCCUUACGUUCACACAAACUCAUUCUCUUACACACAGAAACAAAAUGCAUCUCUUACACAAUCAAUGCACCCCUUACAGACACACUGCAUUCAAUUAAAUACACAGAAACACACCUUGCACCCCUUACACACACACACACCCAGAAACAUACAAUGCAUUCCUUACAUGCAAACACAUACUGCAUCCCCUAUAAACACACUACAUCCCUUACAGAAAUUGGUAUCCCUAUACACUACAUUCUAUAAGAACACACACACGUUGCAUCCUCUACAAUAACACAUAAAACAUCCCCUACACACAUACACUCCACUUCCUGUGAGAGAACUCACGGGUGGGCCAUGUAGGUGGAUUUAUGGGUGGGCAUUGUAGGCAUUCUCACAGUCAAGCCCUGGGGGCCCAGACCUUGAGCUGUGUAAGGGGCCCUAAAAAAUGGAGCUGCUUCCUGUUCGUUAAUUGUUGUGAGCACUGUUAAAAACAAACAGUCUCCAGAGAGCCUCUUCUACACCAGACCUGUGGAGCCAGACAGAGCCCAUCAUCAGCCUCUUGUCCUCAUCUGGUGGUAAGUAGGCAAUCUAAUAUAUUAUUAGUGGCACUAAUCUCUAAUUUACCUCACAUUAAAUGGAUACUAUAGUCACCAGAAGCACUACAGCAUAAUGUAGUGGUUCUGGUGUCUAUAGUCUGUGCCUGUAGACUUUUUAAUGUAAACACACUGUCUUUUCAGAUAAAAGACACUUUGUGAAGACUGGCGUUGGCCCAUAUGGCAGAGCAUAUGGGCGGGGCAUUGUGAUGUCACAUGGUGGGCAGGACAUGGGGGGGGCGGAAAAUUUUUUUUUGCCUAGGGCGGCAAAAAUCCUUGCACCGUCCCUGCGCCAAGUUUUAUCCGUGAAGCUGAAAACAUAGCAGUUUCUUGCACAGUAGGCUUAAUCCAGCCUCUAGUGGCCAUCUCCCUGACAGCCACUUGAGGUCGCUUCCGCGAUUUACACUAAGAAAAUUGCACUUAUUUGAUGCUGGACGUCCUCACGGAGUCCAGCGUCAAAUAAGAUCCCCAUAGGAAAGCAUUGAGUAAUGCUUUCCUAUGGGCAGGUUUGAAUGCGCGUGCGCCUCUGGCCGCGCAUGCACAUUCAGCUCCACUUGGGAGCUAACGUCGAUGGAGGAGAGGUCACCAGUGCCGAGGGAGCCCAGUGCUGGAUUAAGGUAAGUGGCUGAAGGGGUUUUAACCCAUGCAGUGUUGAGGGAGGGGGGCACUCCAAGAGCCUAUAGUGCCAGGAAAACUGGUUUGUUUUCCUGGCACUAUAGGAUCCCUUUAAGUCUUAGCAGGUGUUACUUGCUGGUAAAUAUCUGAGGCAGUGAAUCCAUUCGAGCGGUGCACCUGUAGUUAAUGCCUCUUAUAAGGAGAGUUGGUGGGGUCAACCCGCUACGGGCCACUGCACUGUUGUCGAUAUUCAGAGUGGUAUGCCACUGCGAACACGGAUUAACCUAAUGUAAGACGAGGGGGAGAUAAUGUAAAUAUGAGUGUUGGUACACAGAGGUCAUCGAGUUCAGAUGAUGUGAGAUUGAAAAUGCUUUUAUUUCUCCUUUUCUCUGUAUGCUUUCUCUGUGUUGACUGCCAGGUGCGAAAGACGAUGAUUGACAGGGCACCUGUUUACAGAAUAAAGAGGUAUUGAUUUCUACAUUUAAGUUUAUUCACAUACAUAAAUACAGUUUUAUUAAAUGUAAGGAUACCUGAACAUAAUAUUAAAAAUCUUUUUAUUUUCGAGGCAUAUGAAUUAACAGUAGGAUCUUAGAUAUGCACGGUACAUGAGAUAUAUACAAUGGUGACAGAGUAAUAUCGGACAUAUUAUCAUACAUGUGCGGUCUAGCCUCUUUUUAUGAGAGUGAGCUACAAGACUUUCAUAGCGUAUGUGGUAUGGUUAUUUAGACGUAGAGUUAGGCAGUCGUGAGGCACGUUUCACAUUACGCCAUUGCAUACUUAACAAUAAUUGAACAUGGUAAAUUAACAACUUAAGAAGAGACACAUAUUGUCGGGAGGGACGGGUCUUAUAUGUAGGCAUUGUUGUGUCCUGUAACGGAUCACGUGGCACCCCGACUGGGUACCUCCGUUGAAGGAUGCUCCUAGCAUUGCCUGAGGGCUCUAAGAUGUUUUGUGGCCGAGAAGCUUCUGAAAACCGUGUUUCAAAUUUCACACUCAAGCGAAAGUGGAGUGGGGACAGAGCUGGACAGAAAGAUUUAUGGCUAAAAUGUUCUUUAACAAAUUUUUUUUUUUUACUUUUUAUUUAUCAAAAAUUAAUCCAGUACAUAAUCUUUAUAUAAAAAAAUUGCACUAUAUCUCAUAUAUGAAUAGGGACAUUUUCAAUAUUAUCAUAUUUCACUAGACAAUUAAAAACAUAUAUCGACAUACAAUACAAAAGAAACAACAACAGAAAUAAAUAAAUAUAAUAUAUAUAUAUAUAUAUAUAUAUAUAUAUAUAUAUACACACACAUAAAUACAAUAGCAGAUAUUGAGUCUUGCUAUGAUUUAUUGAUCUUAAGGUAAUAAGCAAGGUGCUAGGGGAAAAACAGCAUAUUAAUGCUAAAUAUCCCUUUCCCUGUUUCCUAUUCAUUUCCUUUACCCCUCUAUAUUCUUUUUCUUUUAUUGAACGGGGUUUUUAUAUGUGUCCUAAUCUUCAUACAUUUCCUCCUUCUAAUAAAUUUUCUUUUAGAGCCUUCUAAAACUUUUGUCUCAGAAUUCAUCUUUUUGUAAAAUAUUGAAUCAACACCUCCAUAACUCUUGAUCUUUUUUUGUUCCAAUUUAUUUGGUAAGAUAUUCCUUUCUCCAUUUCUAAUUGUAGAAUUGUUUGAUUUUUAAUUUCUUGCUAAGCUGGAAUUUUUGGGGGAUUUCCAAUUUCUUGCAAUUAAAAGUUUUACAGCAGUUAAAAUAUGUAAUCAUUUUUUUUCCUGAUUAUUUUGUUUCGGAAAAUGUAAAUGUAAUAAUGCUUGAACAGGUGUUAAAUUCCAAUAAAAUCCAAGGUUUUUAAUUAGUCUCUGAGAGAUGGCAAACCACAAUGUCUGAAUCUUUGUACAUGACCACCAUACAUGCAUAUAAUCAGCAUAUUGAUCCCCACAUCUCCAGCAAUUAUGUAGAGCAUUUGGGUAUAUUCUAUUAAUAAUUGUGGGGACUCUAUACCAACGAUUUACCAAUUUAUGCUGUGUUUCAUUAAGGUUCAGACAGUGUAUCGAUCUAUAACAUAGAGAUUUAAUGCCUUAUUCCAUUCUUCUUCAUUAAUUUGGAUCUUAAAUCCUCCUCCCAUCUUAUUAUAGCAGUAAUUAGGACAUCUUUUUUUAAAAUGUUAAUGAUUUUAAGACAUUUUGUUAUUAAAUGUUUAUAAUAAUUUUGUUCAACUAUUUGAGAAUUAUCAUUAAUAGACAAUUUAUCAUUUAGAAAACCUUUAAUUCUGAGAUAUUUAAAUAUUUCUUGAUCACCAAGGUUAAAUUCUGUUUGGUGUGCAGCAAAGGAUUUUAUUUUAUUUCUCACUACUAAAUGAUGAAUUUAUAAGAUUCCUUUAUUUAUCCAUUGUUGAAAGUCUAUAUUUUUUUAUUAAGCCACCUAUAAUUUUUAAAGGUAGACAAGAUACAACUUUGUCUUUUAUCUAAGCUUUUUUUUAAAUGUAUACCAAUUUGCCAGAAUAUGGUUUAAAGCAAUGUUCCGUUCUAUUAUGUUUAAAGAUUUCAAAAAUGCUGUGAUUUCCAUAAUUGAGUCAACAAGUCUUGAGGUUUAAAAUCUUUCAUCUCUAUUAGAUACCAACUUUCAGAUGAAGCUCUAUUUAUUUGUGAUAUCACCGCAUGUGCUAAUAAAAUCACGUCUGCAUAUUCUUGAAUAAUUGGUAUUCCCAGUCCUCCUAGGUUUUUUUUUUAGCAAGUAGUUGUAAAUUUAAUCUGGGUUUCUUACCAUAUAAAUCUAGAAAAUGCGGUCUGGAUCAUAUUUAGCCAUGGAGUUCGAAUUUUUAGAGGAACCAUUCUAAAUAUAUACAUAAACUUACACAGUGUGUAUUUUCCCCCACCAGGAAAUUUCUAACAUUCUCCUUUCUUUAAAUGAUCUAUUCAUAUCAUUUAUUAGAGGGAGUAAAUUGAUUUCCAUCUAUUCUCUAGGUUUACUUGAUAUCUUGAUACCCAAAUAUAUAAAUUGAUUGUUUUUAAAAUUAUAUUUAUCUUUCAGAUAAUUAAUUUGAGUUCAAGACAUAUUUAAGGGGAUCACUAUAGAUUUUGUUUAAUUUAUAGCUUGAUAAUAAAGAAUAUUUUUUUAUAAAAUCCAUAAUUCCAUCUAUUGAUUUACAAGGAUCUUCAACAGUCAGUAGGAUGUCAUUGGCAUAUAAUUUAAUUAUCUGUGUAUUCAUUUUAUUGAAUCCUUGAAUUUUAGGUUUGGUUCUAAUUUUCCUGGCUAAAGGUUCUAAUGUAAGGACGUACAACAAGGGUGAUAAAGGACACCCAUGUCGUGUUCCAUUCGUUAAGUAAAACCAUGGUAAUACGAUACCAGAUCCUAUUACUCAACCUCUCAGUUUAGUGUAUAAUGCCAUUAUUGCUUGAAAUAUUCUUCCCUUUAAUCCAUAUGCUUUCAACAAUUCCGCCAUAUAUCCCCAGCCGACCCUGUCGAAUGCCUUUUCAUCAUCCAAUGACAAAGUCAGCUGGGGCACACCAUUUAAUUGUGAUCAAUUAUAUAUAUAUUUAUGAGUGAUCUCAUGUGUCCAGUUGGAGAUCUUCCAGGGACAAAUCCUACUUGGUUAUUAUGAUUCACCAUAUCUAAUAUUAGUUUUAAUAUCUCUGCUAUUAUGGCUGCAUAUAUUUUUGCAUCUGAAUUUAGAAGAGAGAUUGGUCGGUAGCUGGUGAUUUAUUCUGGAUUUUUACCUGGCUUAAGAAUAGGUUCUAUAUUUCCGUGCAGCAUUUCUUCUGGUAUGGUUCCUUUAUCAGCGAAAUCAUUGAAAGCAUCUACCAGAUAUGGGGCCAGUUCUUUUGUAAAUAGUUUUUAGAAAAAAAACAUCAAAACCGUCUGGUCCUGGGGCUUUCCAGAUUUCUGUUUUCUUAUAGUUUGGGAUACCUCUUCUUCCAUAAAAAGUCUAUUUAGUUGCUCCAAUAUCUCGCUAGAUGGAUUUGUAAAUCCAUUUUGUUAAAAUAUUCCUCAAUUUAAUUUCCUGUUGUCCCUUGUUUUAAAUUAUAAAGUGACUCAUAAUAUUUACAAAAAGUUUUACCUAUUUUGUUUUGUGCUAGAUGUGUUUUACCCUAAUGUACAAUUUUAGAGAGAGUUUUUUUCUUUUUGCUUUUUUUUUAGUUUAUUGGAUAAAAUUCUAUCGGCUUUAUUCCCCUUGUAAUAGGGUUUUUAAAGAAUAUAACGUUUUAUUAGUUUUCUCCACUAACUUAGCAUGGCUAACCAUACAGAUAUCUUAGCCACAAUUUUAUAUAGUCCGUAACGAUCUUCUAUUUAAAAUAUAUAAAUAAUUGAGAAUACAAUAUAAAAUUAGGAUCGUCUUGGAAGCAGUAAAGUUUUGUCUUUUUAGAUAUUUAUUAUAUAAAAAUAUAAAUAUAGACAUAUAAAAUCCAUUACAAUAAUUUAUAGCAGAGUUUAAAAGAUUAAACUAUAUGCUUGCAAUAUCAUUAAAAUAGAAUAAUAUACCCUCAUGAACAUGUCAACAUCUCUCAGUCUUUAUGAUAUGGAGCGACAGUGUCUCUGUCUCCAAAUCUCUCCUCUGUCCCUUAACAUUUAAAAGGUACACAUAUAUAUCUUAGAUGUUCAUUUUAGGAACUCCCUUAACUUGGCAAAGAUACAAGGCCAUAACUAAAACAUAAGUGCAUACGUCAUGGGAAAUUCCCUCACUUGGGACAAGAUGGCUUCCUAAAGUCUGAUGCCGUAGCAUAGCCUUGAAGAUGUUAUUGCAUUACUUGUUUUGUAUUAAGCUAAGACAAAUUGGCGUUAACAUAUUAUGCACUGAAAGUAGGCUAGAGGUUAUUGCUUUAAUAAACAUGUAUGAAAAACACUAUGUUCCAUUUCUGACACCUAGUCAGUUUGCAAUAUCUCUUAAAGACAAAGUUCACAGUUUAAGAAAUACAUUUCAUUUUGAAACUUGUAAUAUUUGCAUUUGCCCAUAAUAUUAGGAACGCCACUUUUUUUCUUCCCUUUCAAGGCAGCCGCCAUCAGCAAUGGGUACCUCAAAGAAUUCGCUCUUAUUUUGUCCUCCAGUUUCUAAUGAGUCUCAUGGAGUGCACAAAUAUCUAUCUUUUCUUUAUUUAAAUGAGAAAACAAAAUAGAUCUUUUCUGAGGAGAAUUCAUACCUCGUACAUUCAACAUUAGAAAUGUAACCAUUGUAUUUACAGUACCAUUUCUUAUCCCUCACAACAAGCCCCAAAUCUGCCAUAAAAAAACAUAAAUACAUCAUUAGACAAUACACAAACAGAAGUGUGAAGAGCAAAAUUAUCCUAAGAUCCUAUAAAGUAAUAUUCCUUUGUUAAAAAAACAAGAGAGGGGGAGGGGUGGGGGGGGAAACAACUAAAUUCCUUCCCCCUCUUCUUUUCUUCUUCGUUCCCUCCAUCUCUUCCUUCUAAACCAAAUUACUUUUUAAUUACCACUUUCAUUCUUAGAGUGCCAUUACAAAGUGAAAUUCUAACUAAUAUUUAUUUAAAUUCUAAAUGAGUUCCUAUUCUCUCCUAUUUCUUUUAUAGAUUUAUUCUUUCCUUUUUUCCACCUAAAUGUGUUAUUCAUUUCUAAUAUCUAUUCACUAAUUCUAAUACAUUCCUUCUUUUUUCAGUGAAAUUAUGUAAAAUGUAAUUCUCAUUACUGUAUUAAUUCCAAUUAUGACUUUGUGAAAAAAAAACAAAAAAAAAAACACACCUUCCUAUUUUCCCUGUAUCUAAAUUUUUCUCACUUUCCUUGUUUUCUAUAUAUAACUUUUGUGUAACUACAUUUCAUAUAGCAUUCACUUCUAUUUCUAUUUAGUGUCUUAUUCAGUGAAAUACAGCCAAUUCUUUAGUGUGAAUCAUAUUUAAUUCUUAUAAAUUCUCAAAUUAUUGUGUGUCUAAAUAUUCCUAAAAAUAUCGAUUCCCAUUACAGUGUAUAAAUAUCUAUCAUUCCUUUCUUUUCUUCCACCUCUUUUUGUAUAUGAUAUUUACAAUUUAAUAAGAUCAAGACAAAAAAAAACAAAAAAACACAUUCAUCAGUCCAUUAUAUAGGAUCUAUCAUUUUGUUAUCGAAUGCCCAUAUUCUUAAAUUUACAGUUGAAUAAGUAUGAUUUAAAAUCAUAUAUGAGAAUUAUCUUUACUGGGUUCCCCCACUUAUAUCUAAUGUUCUUUUUUUCUAAGUAUUUCUGUUAAUGUUGCAAAUGAACGAUACUUGACACUUUAAAAAAAAUAAUCAAUCCAGUAAAAUUAUAAUUCUGUGGUGUGGUUCUGAUGAUACAGUUGUCUUCUUUUUUUUUUUAAUAUGUUCUACUUCAUCCCAAACCAGGAUAAAGAUAAAAGAACAUCUCAAGGCGGAUCAUCUGCUGAACCAGGUGGCUUUCCCGUUCUAUGGCAUCUCUCCCAUAAAUGCACAUGGCUUUCUUGUGUCACUCCCAAUUUAGAAAAAAAAUCUUGCAAUUUUUUUUUACAGAUUUUCACUUGUAAUAGAUUCAGGUAUUGCUCCUCAUCUUAAAUUAUUUAAUCUGGAGCAAUAUUCCAGAUCUGCAAAAUGUUAGUUCCAGCAUUUCAAUUUUCUUCUCAUUUUGUAUAACUAUUUCUUUAUAUACCAGAAUUUGUGCUUCCAGACUUGCAAUUUUUUCUUCAUUUUCUUUGAUUUUAUUCCCUAAUGUCGCAAUGUCCUUUUUUAAAUCUUGCAUAUUUAGAUGAAUUUCCUUUUUUAUUUUGCCCAACUGAAGAUCAAGUGCAUUCAUGAGAUGUUCUUGUGUCAUAGGUUGUUCUUUUGUUUAUUUUCUCUUUCUCUGAUUCAUCUGUCACAUAUAUUGUUAUUUCUUCAGAUUCAUUCAUUAUUGACUUCUCCAUACUUGUAUUUGUGGUAUGGGGAGUAAAAAAGGAUAACCGUUUUUCAGGUUUAGCGUCCUCUUUUGUUUGUGAUUUAUUUUCUGUUGGUUGUUUUCCGGCCGUUUUGGCGAAUUUAUUUCAAAUUUCUAUUUCUUACUAAUUUCUUUUAUUACAUUUUUUUUUUAUUUACCAGAGAUAAAUUUUAGUGUGUCCUUUACUUUGUUUGACGUCCUUAAUUACCUCAUAGAUGUGUAUCUCUUAAAAGAGAGAAUAAUUAAGCGAUUUGUCACCAAUUAGAUCAGGUGUGGUGGAUUACUUCCAAGUAUAAUUUUUAAAGGUACAAAGAGCAUUUUUUCUGAUAUCCAAUGGGGAUUUCUGCUAAAUGGGGAUAUGUUUUUUUUUAAAUCAAAAUCCCUCUUACACACUCUCUCUGUACUUAUGCGUAUAUUUCCUUCUCUUCACUAAAACACAUAAUAGGAAGAUAUUUAUCAAUAAAAAAAAAAUAAAAAAAACAAAACCAAAAAAAAUAAAAAUAAAAAGUAUUAUUUUUGCAACUUCAAAAUGCGCUUAUCUCUUUGCUACAACUUAGAGUGUCACUGUUAAAUAUCUUAUAUUUUGUUAUUGGAGUUAAAGUCUUCUAACUUGAUUUCCUUAGUUAUCUGAAUGUCUAUUUUCUCUUGUUUUUUCCUUCUCCCCUACACCGUUUAUAGCGGAAUAUACAAAAUAAAACAUAAUAAAUCAUUUCAGACAUAUAAGGGAGAAUUCCAAUAGAUUUUAUAUCACUUAUCUGGUUUCAGCUAGCAGUUUCUGGUCACUUUUCCUCUUUUCACUCCGCUCCCCAUUUAUUCCUGCGUCACUAGUUUUAUUUUCCAGUAUCUUUUUCCUCUUUUUUCUUUUUUCUUAUUUCUACUCCCGUCUUUGCUUCAGGGCGCCAUUUCUCCACAUAGGGCAAAAAAACCCUCUACAAUCUUCGAUCAGCUUCAAUCGAUAGGCAUAUCCCUGUAAUUCCCCUUGGUUUUUUAGCUUCUUUAGCUUCAGAUUCUGGGAGUAAUUCUGCAGGUGUACCCAAACUCCGCUCUCGUACCAGACUCAGCUUUCAUAAUAAUCCAUUUAGCAUUGGGGAACAGGUAAAGGAAAUUACCGGCGUUCAUCCCCUGGUCUCCUGCUUCAGUUCACUGCACCUGCUCCAGCUCCACCCGACCACGCGCGUGGCGUAGUGACUUCAAGUCAUCGCUCUCUCUCCGACCCUCACAUGUUUUGCUACUCUGUUCAUUAACAAUUUAACCCCUGAAGGUUCCUUCAUCUUUAUACCUCAUUACAGAUGUUUAGCUGUGGUCAUUGGUCAAAAGUGAUAUCACACGUAUUCCUAUGUUUAGACUUCUUGAGCCUGUCUACAGAUGACAAAAUACAGCACAGUCAUCUAAAUUUUCCACUAAAAUAAAAUUGUCAAAUAAUUUGUAAUGUGAAUGUCGUGCAUUAAUAUUUAAGAAAUUUCAUUGUAUUUAACAAAGGUUCUUUCUUGCGGUUCUCAUUCUGUAUUUAAUUAUUUUCUUCAAAUUGUGGCCAGCAGGAGGUUUAUUGCUGUUAUUAUUUGUUUUGUUUUUCUACAUUUUUCUUUUUAUUCUCUCUUCUUCUCUUAGAUGGAUUUUUUAUUUUUGAUAGAAAAGUAUUAAACCAAAUUAUAACAAAAAAACAAAAAUAUGUUCACGAUGGAGCCAGACAUCUUAUGUUUUGAUUUAAAUUUUAUUUUUUAAUGGCUGGUAUGCGGCCUCCAUCAGCCAUAUUUUUAUAGGUUUAUGCAAGAGAUGGCAAAGACACAACAUUAGGAGAGUCAUGCAAUGAACAGUGAUUCUUCUCUGGGGUUCUGCAGGGAAUAGGGGAAUAUUUCCAUUAAUAUUUUAAACUGAAGCUGUAAUGUCUCUGAAAUUUACACAGAAUUACCUAUAACUGAAAAUCACAUGUUUUCUGUGCUGUUCUGUUCUUUUUAAUUGUAUAAUAAAGAUUUAGAAAAUGACAUUAUAAUCUAUUCAUUGCUGGCACAGGCACAAAUUGUUUUUUGGAGGGGGAAUAACAAAGACGUUGUUCAUAUUUCUGUUUCUCUCUUUUUGGCUAUGUGCUCUUUCCGUUAACUGAAAUGGAUUAGUAGUUUAUGGCAAUGAUUGACAGGGAGCCAAGAUAGAGAAGCUCUGGUCUAGGAUAGAACUAAAUAAGAGGUGUGCAUUUCUGUAUUUAAUUUUAUUUUUCAUACCGCACAAACUUGUUAAAUGUAGUGGAUGCGUUCACAUAAUAUUACAUUUCCUGAGGAAUUCACAGUGUGACAUACCAUUGCAGGUUGAAUUUCCCCAAUUAGCUUUAUUACUUAAAACUAUUUAUAUUUCCAUAUGUGCAGGCAUGCCAUAAUCUUCUGCCACAAAGCUAGAACAUAUGGGAUUUGGGUUUGGGUCUUGAUAAAAAUUAAUAAAAAAAAUAUUUUUGCUUAUUUCUUUAUACAGUUAACCUCAACAUUUUUUAAUGUUGAUAUACUGUGCAAUUUAAUCUUUUGAAGGUUUCUUGAGAAAGAUGUACUUUUUAGAUGACUGUACAUGGUCAAGGAACUCCAGUCCCUGUUCUUUAUUGCAGUCCACCAGUAGAGUCUCAUGUCUAUAUGCCAGUACCCAGUUAUGCCUCUCCAUUGUGCUCCAAUCUCCCUGUUUGCAUCUCCUCAAUAUCCCAGUCCCAGUUUUGUCUCUUCCCUGUCCCCCACAUUUGUUCUUUCUCCACCCACUUGUGCUCUCCUUUCGUUGCCUUCUUUCCAUAAAUUGUUAAAUUGAACUUUUAGCUGGCUGGGAUGCCAAUGGUUGUCUUCAUCUUUUUAACACUCAGCUACUCUGUGGGUUCAUGUGGUUUCUGUGUUUUUCUAGUGCAGAUAGGACAACCAGGGCCGUUGCAAGGGUUUUUGACUACACAUGUAAAAAUGCGCUUUGCCCUCCCCUCCACUUCCCAAAAUGCAUUGAAACCUAUGUGUGUCUUAGCCCCCCUCUUGAAUUAUUCAUUUGUGUAUCUUAUACCCUUUUGUGUCUUACGCCACCCCAUUUCACCUUUUGUGUAUCUUAAACGCCCCUUGUAUGUCUCUUAUAGUCCCCCAAGCUCCUCUGUGUGUCUCUUUCUCUCCCAGCCCCUCUGUGUGUCUCUUCCCUUCCCAGCACCUCUGUGUGUUUCUUUCUGCUCCCAGCCCCUUUGUGUGUCUCUUACUUCCCCUAGACCCUCUGUGUAUCUCCUUCUCCCCAGCCCCUCUGUGUCUCUCUUUCACCCCAGACCUUCUGUGUGUCUCUUUCCUUCCCAGCACGUCUGUGUGUCUCUUUCUACUCCCAGUUCCUUUUGUGUCUCUUCCCCCAUUCCCUUUGUAUAUCUCUUUUUACACUUCCCCAGUCCUUUAGUGUGUUUCUUUCACCCGUUCCCACCCCCUCUGUGCGUUGUGUGUCUCUUUUUCCUUCUCUCUCACUCUCUAUCUCCCUAUGCGAUGGGCCCCUUUGCCCUCUUGGCCUGUAUACCUUCUUCCAUGUAACUUGGCUGCACUGACUGCUGCAGAGGAUCUUCUGUAUCCUCCAUCUGGUCUUACAGGAAGCUGUAAGUUGCUCUCAGUUAGCACUUCCUGUCUGACCUGACAGACUGGGCCUUUCAUUUAGCAUGGAAACUUUUGCUUUUUGCCUCCAGUACUUUUUCACUUUAGUCCCUUGGACAAGUACAUUUUUAAAUUUCCACACCCCUAUAGUCUCCUGUGUUUUGGGUGAGUACUGCUUGGAUUCAUGCAGUGAGAUAACUCAGUGGACAUGCUUCAAACUGCAGUGUCUUGUAAUCAUAGGUUUAAUAUUGUGCGCCGUGGGGUUUUAUUGCCAGCGAUUUCGCCUCAGAUUUCUACCAUCCAUAAAUAAUAAUGAAUUCACUUAUGACAUGGACAAAUAUAUUUCUACUUACCUCUCCCACUUUAUGUUGCUCUGUUGUUGUUCUAGUAGCCCAAGAGCGUGUUCCUUAUGUAUCCUUUUCCUGGUAUCUGAUUUGUCUCGUUAAUCGUUUCUCCUGAUCUCUGUAGUCCUUGGACCUUGGCUUGUCACAUCAUUUAUCAGUAUCCACGACUUUGGCAUUCUCUCUGACUCCUCUACCUUUAGUCCAGCCACUCUCAUGACCGGUAAAUGUAGAGUUUAUUUGCUGGGUUAUAUUCUGUACGAUUAGGUUCCUCACUGAUCCUGACACUAGCACAUGCUUAAAAUCGAGAGAAAAGUUAUAUUUUUAAAAUACUGAAUGGGAAUCUAUCAUUAUCAAAGAAGUGUAAAUUUCUUUUUACACUGCUUUUCAUGGUUAAUGGGGCAGUCUAUGUUCCAUAACCACUACAGCCCAAUGUAGUGAUUAUGGUAUAAGUUGUCCGCUGGUGCUGUCCUAUGUUAAGUAGUCAAACCACUUGGCUGAAUAAUGUUCACAUAGAGACAAAAUUGAUAUUCCCAUUCUAUGUUAGCGAUAUCCAAACUGGAAGGACCACUGGCACCUGAGAGACACAAUUAAGAUGCAAACUAACACGGGACACCACCAGCAGACUCCUGGCACCAUAUUAUUAUGUCAGGGGGCUGGGUAGUAAGUACUCAUUACAUUUUAUGAUAUAAAAUUGAGUUUAUGGCCACUUAAAGUCAUUCAUAACUGUAUGGUCUACAAAUCACAACACUAUUCAAGGAUAUGUUUUCAUAUGAUUUACUGUUCUGAGAGACUUGCCAAUGUGGUCACGACUAACUCAUGUACCGUCUGCACUAGCAAAUGCCAUCUGAAUUGCAACAUCUAAAACAAAUUCAUCACCGUAGGAUUCAUAAAGUCUACAAAUCUUUCUGUAAAACUAUAAAUCACCAAAUUACGACCAAAAUUUUACUUUAACUCAUAGUGUAUGUGAUUCUGUGCACACAGCACACGUACUUAAAAAAAAAUAGUUUUUAUCCCUUUAAACACUGAAAGAGUUAAAGACCUCUCCUGACAGUUUUUUUUAACUAAAUUCUUUCCAUAACGUAAUGGUUGCAUUCCAGGCAUUUGUUAUAUAAAGGGCAUAUGGUACAUUUUAACAUUCUGGACAGUUAGGGGCUUUCUCGGUAUAAAACGGCUGUAAAUUAAUGAAAAGGGACAGUCUAAUUUCAAAGUGAACCUCUCAUCUGUAAAAUGCGUUAACUUGGCUAUAUCCUUGGUAACUAUUAAAACAGUAAAUUAUAUAUUGUAUAGGUUAAAGGAAGACUCAAGGCACCAGCUUAUUGUAGUAGUUAUGGUGCCAGAAGUGCUCUGCCGCCCCCAUUGUAAGUAUUUAAACCAUUUUAAAAUGGUUUGAUUUCUUACCUGGAGUUCGUUUAGCAUUGCUCCUUGGAUCCAUUAGUAGUGAUGGGGAAUAGAUGCUCUCUUUCUGAGCUUAGCCCUGCAGCUGGAGCUUUCGUUAGCUAUCCUGUGUUAAGUUCAUUAGUUGAGAGUGUCAGCUGAUCGCUCUCAGCCAAUGAGCUAAGCCCUGCACUGCUUAUGGCUCUCUGUCAUUAGUAGUGGAGGAAGGGAGCGGUGCCUAGGGUAAAAAGUCAAACCUUUCUAAAAUAGUUUAAAUAUUUACAAUGGGGGAGGGGGUGCCAGGGUACUCCUGGCACAAUAGCCACUACAGUGUACUAUAAUAGUUAGGGAGAUUGGCUUGUCCCUAUAAGGGAUUUAAUUACUAAACAGUGAACUAUGACUAUUUGCAAAGUAAUUUGAAAAUGUGAUGUUGGAAAUUCCUUGGGGAAUUUAAUUUUAAUUUUGCUUCAAAUCAUUAUUUUCUGUCACAUUUGUAGAAAGUAAAGAGUCCAUGAUCUCCCUGUUUAUUCACUUUCAGAUUCCAUAUUAUAGAGUACUUAACAGCACUGUGUAUAACAGGAUCUGUCAUUCUCAAUCUCAAUUGUAGAUUCUUAGGCUGCCUAAGAUUGGUGGAAGUUAUAUUCCCAAGUAGCCACUGCAAGUUGUGGCUGUGAGUGUUAAUUCACUUUAAUUCCAGACAAGUCAGGUUUUAGUAAAUUACCCUGUAUGUCUCUCUCGCCAAAGAAGAGGUGGGGUGGAUUAAAGGGACAUACAUAGGGGAAACUAACGCCAUCUCGGCCUUCUUGAGUUAACCAUUUACAAGACUCCAGAAUGUAUGUAUGUAUGUGCUUGUCUGCCUGCCUGACAAACUAAUCUUGGACAAACUAAUCUUUCUACCAGGAUGGCAGAUCACUUGGCUGACUCACUGAGAGUCUUCAAAAGAUAACGAUCCUUCAGAUCUUAGCCUGCAGGGAAGCCUCUUUGCACCAUAACCACUAUAAAAACGACAGUUCUUUUUUUUGUGAAUAUUUAAAAACAGAACCAGCAGGCAUGGUUUGCAUAUCCUCCAAUGUUGAUUAUUUUAUUUCUAGUUUCUUUUUUCAAGCUGUAAUUAUACGGUUUGGUCUCUUGGUAUGCAGAAGUAAUAUGUUGGCACUUUAAUAAAUAUUGCAUAAUAAUCUCAUGACUUGCAGAUGGAAAAUAUUGGAGACAGUGAAUGAUCUGAAUGCCAGUGUUGACAUAGCUCAGUCACUAAAGAUUGAAUUUUGAAGAACUAACAACUUAACUGCAACAAAAGAAAUCAGACUUGGAACAUUUCUCAAUCAUUUGUUUUUAAACUGCCAAUUGUAUUUAGGAUUUUAGUUCACCACAUUUUAUGCUACAGUGUCUAAUCAACUAUGUGAAUGUUAGUGCUGUCUCUUAAGAACUAGAAAAAAAGGCGACUUUAUAAAUUUGCAAAAGUUUAGUCACUGAUUUAGGUAUUUGUGUGGUCAAAAAUGAAGUCAGAAGAGUGAGAUCACCAAGCCCGCCCGACUCACUCACCAUUCAGCAACAUCAGAAUCCUCCAGCCAAUGUAGCACAACCCCGCGCUCAAAGACUCGAGCUGACAACCACGAGGCGCACUGGAAUGUAGCACAGCUUCCUAUCAGUGAAAGAUGUGGGCUGGGAGCCCCACCAGGCCAUACAGGUGACAGAACUUGGCCGCAGCACCAACCCCGCCAAUGCCCAUGGCCCACCUGUCAAGCCUCCAGAGCCGGCAUCGGCUAAUCAAGAAGGCUUGCACCGGAGACGGACUAUGCUCCUGCAGCGAAGAUGACACACAGUCCUUCCGUACAGGAUAUAACUAAUGCACUGUUCUCCCGCGUAUUGUUAUCACCACUUGCCACCAUACUACGCACUGCUUGAACGCUUUACCUUAUAUCUGCCCAUUAGCCAUGCUCUUUAUUUUCGUUCUGUUUAGCAAACUCAUGAGACAAGCUUGCAUGCCAGGCACUAGAAAUGUUUACCUAGCCUGCUAUAUACCCAUACCACAAAGGCAUGCAUUAUACCUAAUCGUUUGCUUAUGACUCUCUUGUAUCUAACGUGCAUAAAAUACUCACACAUCUCACCGCCUCUAUGCAGCCUACUACUGAAGCAUAGCAUGUUUUACCUACAGUAACCCAGAUUACGUAAAAGCCACAUACACUUACACAUCAGCUACACCUAACAUGUAUUAAGCUAUUAUACUGAUACGCUAACACAAUACCAAUCAAUAUAUGCUAACAAAUGUGCAUAGCUUGUACCAAAACGUUAAAAAAAAAUUUGCAGUACUUUCAUGCCAAAUUGUGAAUCUCAAUGGAAAUUAUAUGCGUGCUGUUGUAGCACAUUACACAUGUUUGUUAUUUUCAUGCAUAGAAAAAAUAAAGAAUAAAAAAAAUAAAAAAAAUGAAGUCAGAACCAAGAUUAAUAUUACUGAGAUUCUGAUAUAGGGAGCAUAUGUUUUAGACGGAAAUCUUAAAAUAUUUUAUGAAUUAGUUAAAUAUUAUUUGCUGGUAAAAGAAUGUCUCCUGGAUCAGAGGAAGAUGGCAAAUGAAUUGUACUGUAUUAACUAGUAUCUAUGGUAGCAGAUAGGUGAAGAGGGGAAGGUCAUAAAUUGCAACCAAAAAGCUGUACGAUAAAACAAUUAUGUAGGAGCGAGAAAUAUAGAGGCUCAAAUUUGAACAUCCCAUGUUUCAACCCCAAUAUAUGCAGGUAAAAAAAUAAAAAACUUCUAAAAUACUUUUUAUUCUGAUUAAGUAAAGUUUAUGUCCCCCUAGGACAUAAACUUCACUUGACACAAAUGAAGUAUAUGUCUCCCAAUAUAUAGUGGAAAUAAAUUAAAAUGCAUAUUUAAAAACUAAGGAUUUAGUGAAUAAAACAAUUAAGAAAAAGAAAGUUAGAUUUACUAAACAGGAAAUUGCUCUGCAAUAAGCGAUCUUUCCACAUGAAUUCUGCAAGAUAUGUAGGAAGCAAAUCACAAUGCACACCCCUUUUUGUCUUGAUACGAACCUGCAAUGAUACUUUAUUUUAUGACUAAAACAAGACUCAUCAACUUGAGCAUAAUGACCAGGACCACCGAGCAAAACUGAGUUAAUACGAAAAUAGACAUUACAUACUUCACGAUAAAAGUUAUAAACGCCAACUACAGUGUGCUCGGAUAUUCCAGUCAGUUGUGCAGUUUGUUUUUCAGUGGGUUCCAAACACCAGUGAUAUGUAAUAUAUAACCACUUUUCCAGUGAGAUGUGCGAUUUUUCAAAACAAAGAGCCCUCACGCACAAUCCUUGUUAAUACAUUUCCUGGAAUAUCCAUCAGAACAUUGGUGACGAGCUAUCCAACGCAGAGGUUGAUGGCUGUUUUCGCAGUCCAGAUUGUUUGCAAGUUAAUGGCACUGUUUUGUGAACAUGAUUAUAUUGGUGUUAUUCAUACCAGUUACAAUAGGCUGGAGUGUGUUUUAUAAGUGUUGAUACAAUUUAAUUUGAGAGCAACAAAAAACCCCCCACAAAUUGGCAAUAUAUAUACCCUUAGAGUGAUCUAUAUAAACCCUGAGUGUGGCUUAUAUAUACCCUAAGAGUGACGGUAGUGUAUAUACCCUAAGAGUGACAGUGAUGGUUGAGUUUAAAGAGUCACAAUUGACGGUUGAGGUCAAGAGGUACUUAAUCUUCCCUUAACAGUUAACGUUUGAGGUAAGGGGGACAUAGUCAUGACAUGUUAAAUCAGAGGAACAUAAUCUUCACUUGGACCUUUUAUUCUUCUUUUCUGUCUGUACCUUCCCCAUUGUUCAUUUUCUUGUUUGCCCUUAAAUUUAGGGCAGGACUAUAUAUUGUAUACACACUCUGCUGUUCCAAAAUGUUGUAUUAUAUGGAUUAGUCUUAGCCUACAACAGUUACGUAGUUCAGAUUCUGAAACAUGUUUCCCAGUGAUUUUCUUUAUACAUUUUGGAAUUAAUUGUUUACCUUUUGUGUAUUCUGUAUCAACCUAACACAUUUAGUUGCAAAAAAAAAAUAAAAGAGAUGGCAUAUCAAUUUGAAAUAUUUAAAAUACAACUGUUAAUGGCAGAAUGAUAAAAACUCCUAUUAAAUUCAGGGAUUUCAAAGAAUAUCCAAGUACACAAUAUGGACGGAUAGGUUGUCGCAACAGAUCGUACUCUCUCAACUGCUAUAUUUGCUCUAUCAAAUACCUCCAUUUGGGCAACUGCAGUUAAAUAUCCAGAAGCAUUAGUUUGUUUUCCAGAGGAAACCUUAAACACUCACACAAAUGCAGAGAGUUCUAAAAGGUAUGUGAUGAACUCAUAAAUCUGUAUCUCUGUGGGCUAGUUAUAUGAUGGUACACAUUAACCCCUUAAGGACACAUGACGGAUAUAUUCCAUCAUGAUUCCCUUUUAUUUCAGAAGUUUAUGUCAGAAGUUGUGUCCUUAAGGGGCUAACAACUUGCUCUUCAUGUUGAAGUGUACAGAGCAAAACAAUUAGGAAUUUAUUCAAUAAGCACUGACCUGUAUUGAACCGAAAACGGAAUUGCAUUUAUUAUGCUAAAAUGAUCAAACUAUGACUAAAGCUGACUUGAAGAUUUUUUUUAAAUUUUGCAAUGUUGUUUUAUUUCACAAAAAUACAGUGGGUUUAAAAAAAAAAAAUCGCAUGCAGUAUUAUUCAAUAAAAUUGGAAUGAUCAGGAAUUCAAUGUGAAUUCUAAUGACAUGGAGAAUUUUUACAGUUAAUUUCUUUGUAACUGCUAACCUAAUAUUUUGUAAAAUAGGGAAAAAGAUUUUUGCACAUAUCGCAUGUAGAUUUUCUUUUAAAAUUCUAAUGGGAUUAUUAAAAAAAAAAAAAAGGCCGAAAUUUCCAAUGUUAGGCCAAAAGGCCAUGAUGAAAUUAUAUUUGGUCGGAUAAAUUCUCCAACUAAGAUACAUCUAUAGUUUGUAAUUCCUUUGUCAAUUCCCAACAAUUCUUGGUUUAACCCAAAUAUAAAAAGGAAGAAUGCUUGUGUUGCUGAAGGAACAGUCAACUGAAAUUAAAAUUAACAAGCAAAUCAGAAUGUUUUCCUAGACUGAAAUAUUUGUGUUUAGGAAAAAUGUGAGCGGGAGAUAUUCUUGGAAAGAGUAAAAAGGGAAAUGCAGCAAUCCACAUAUGUUUCUUUUCCACAAGUCAACAAUGUCUAAGUACAAAUUUCCUGCCUGAAGGCCAAGCUUGUAAAUAGUAUAGUUUCUAAGUGCAUCCCCAGAAUAAAAUGGCAUUCUAGAACUCCACUGUCCCUACUUUACAUGACCACUCCAAAACCGUAAUGUUCUUUAUGGGUGAGUGUUAUCCUACUUCAGUUCCAGAAUUAAAAAGAGAAAACUGCACGUGUAUAAUUAAAUUAUGAAGCACUUCAACCAGACAGCCAGGUUUGUACUUUAUGGGUGUGGAUUUUAUACAUUAUGGGUGUUGAGCUGUCAAGCCUGUGAAGUAGCUCUGUUGGUAAAGUCCCUGACUGAAAGGUCACAGGUUCAUAUCCUGGCAGGCUCAACUCAGACCCUCAUCCUUCUGAGGUCAAUAAAUGAGUAAUAAUAACAUUUAAUAUUCAGCUGCCGAUUUGGUUAAUCCUGAGAGCGUGUGCUGAAAAGUGCUCUGAGCAUCACUGGGAGAAAGGCACUAUAUAAAUACUCGUUAUUAUUCUGUUUCCUCCUUCAGUUAGCCCCCCUGAACUAAUAGAAGUGACAGAUGGUGUACUUGCCUUCUUCGCCUUUCUUUCUAUGAAACUUCAGCAUAUAUUGGAUUUAAGAAAUAUACAGCAAAAAGGAAAAAGUCUAUUGUGGGUGUAAAAAAACCCAAACAAUAUUACUGCAAAGAAUGGAUGACAAAAAUGGCCUUACAAACAGUAUCAACGUACUUCUAGAUAAAUAUCCUAGAACCUAGAAGAGGGUGUACUUCAUAAUUAUAAAAAACUUAGAUUAGUAAUUUUGCAAUAUAUAGCUACAAAAAUAGAUGGAAACCUGAGCAAUUUUGCUCUGAGUUUUAACAGCUGCCAAACAAAGGUGUAUGAUUGAUAAAACUCAUUUAUGUGUUAUGAGCCAUAAAGGGAUUGUCUAUUUAAAUAUGGCAAUAUUAUUUUUAAUUCAAUGUGUAAAUAAGUGCUUAUGGUGCUUAAACAGACGAUUAAUGAAAUUGUCAGUACCAUGGACAGGGGAUGGUUCCCUUUGGCUUUUUAAAGCAGGUCACUGCAGUGGUGACCUUAUUGUUCCACAGUACAAUUUUAUUAUUAUUUUUUUUAUUAUUAUCGAAUGAUAUUUAUUUAAAAUUCAUCUGCUUUCAUUACAUAACAGUUUCUGUUCUCUCUGCUACCUACUCUUUGGGCAAACGUUAAUUUCUCUUUUUGUCGUCUCUGUUACCCGCAGGGAGCAUCGCAUACUGAAAUAGAAAAGAAAAUUAGAGCUGCAGCUAACCUUGAAGAACUCCUUAGCAUCACUCACCCCAAAGAGCUAAAGUUGUGGCGAUGCAGAUCCAAACUCAGAUCCUACAUCAGCUCAGAUUCCAAGUCUACACCUCAACGUUUCACCAGAUUUGCAGCAGCUUUCUAUGACAUUUCCAUUCUAAAAGGUUUGCGUUUGCAUUUCACUUUAAAUUCUCUGUGAAAUUCUGAUAAUUCUCACCUUAGUAAAUAACCCUUUAUGUGUGGCCUAGCUGUGCCUGGACUGCACUGAAAUGUGAGAAAAAACAUGACAUUCUAAAUGAGAGAUUAUGGCUUUUCUGUGUUCAAAUAUGGAUGAAUUUAAAUGUACAGUAAAGAAUAAUAGUUCAGUGGAAUACUAUGUAAAUGUGUUUGGCAAUAUUAUAUAGUUACAUAGUAAUAUAGGUUAAAAAAGUAAUUUAGGAAUAAAGUCAUUCAAGUUCAACCUUGAAAAAAAAUUGUUAAAAUAAAAUAAAAAACUAAAAAACACAUUGUUGCAUUUUUUUGUUGAACCACAAAAUUGCAAUAUUACAUUGAAAGCAAAUCAAUUAAUAGCAAAAUAACUUGAAAGUUAUUUUGUAGCGAUCCAACUAUUUGAAAACAGGAAUUCCAAAAUCACUUAAUUAUAACCGAUGACAAAAAAAACAUGCAGUGUUGCUUGAUCUGAGAAAUAAAAACGUAUGAAGAAUCCAAGAUAUACAGUAAACUAAAUUUGCCAGACAGCAUCUAGCAUGGGAACCCACGUAGUUACUGGUUAUAAACAGCGUGAGAAUCAUAAAGUCUCUGAUCUAAAGAGAUAUGUGAGCUAUGAUAUCUGAUGAUAAUGUGUGUGUACAUGACACACUUUGACAGACUGUGCGAUAAAUGCUUCCGCAUGUUACAUUAAUGUAAUGUUAAAAAUGCAAAUAUAUUUCAAUUUCAAUAGAAUUAAUAGAAAAUAAAAAAAAAUUGUUGAAUUGUAACUAUUUCAUGUUUAUUUACUAAACUGGGAAUUAUUAUUAGUAUUAUUAUGAUUUAUAAAGCGCCAACAAGUUCCGCAAUGCUGUACAAUGGGUGGACUAACAGUCAUGUAGUUGUAACCAGACAAGUUGGACACACAGGAACAGAGGGGUUGAGGGCCCUGCUCAAUGAGCUUACAUGCUAGAUGGAGUGGGGUAAAAUGACACAAAAAGGUAAGGAUAGUAUUAGACUAGUGACAGUUGCAGAAGAGGAAUCAGUCAGGAGCUAUUAACAGUUUAAUUGAUACGCUUUUAUGAAGAAGUGGGUUUUUAACGAUUUUUUGAAGGAGUGGAGACUGGGUGAGCAUCUAACGGAGGAGGGAAGCGAGUUCCACAGGAACGGUGCAGCCCUCGAGAAAUCUUGAAGGCGAGCAUCAGAGGUGGGAGUACAGACAGAAGAUAGACGUAAGUCUUCAGCAGAUCGUAAGGGCCUAGACGGGACAUACUUGUGUAAAAGAGAGGAUAGAUAGGUGGGAGCAGCAUUAUGUAGAGAUUUGAAAGCAAGAACCAGAAUUUUAAAUUGAGCUCUAUAUUUUAUAGGAAGCCAAUGUAGGGACUGACAGAAGAUGAGCCUCGCCGCCGCAUUCAUUAUGGACUGUAACGGCGCUAGUUGGGAGCACGUAAGACCACUGAGAAGCGGAUUACAGUAGUCAAGGCGAGAAAGGACAGUGGAAUGGACCAACAUUAGUCGCAUCUGGCGUUAAUCAGGGGCGCAUGCGCGCAAUGUUUUUGAGAAGGAAAUGACAGGAUUUGGCGAUAGAUUGAACAUGAGGCUUGAAGGAGAGGUCGGAGUCAAAGAGAACACCUAGGCAGCGAGCCUGCAUGGUGGAGUUGAUAGUAGCACCGUUGACUUGGAGGGAGACAGACACAGGAGUAACAACACUUUAGGGAGGAAAGACCAGAAUUUCAGUUUUGGUCAAGUUUAGUUUAAGGAAGUGGGCAGCCAUGCAGUUAGAAACAGCAGAGAGGCAGUCAGAGACACUAGUCAAGAGGGACGAGGAGAGAUCAGGAGAGGACAGGUAGAUUUGCGUGUCAUCUGCAUAGAAAUGAUAUUGGAAGCCAAAGGAGCUAAUGAGUUUACCAAGGGAGGCAGUAUAGAUGGAGAACAGUAGAGGACCAAGGACUGAACCUUUUAAUUGAUAUGCUAUAAGAUUUUUUGAAGGAGUGGAGAUUGAAUGAGAGUCUAACAGAGAGCGGUAGGGCGUUCCAUAGGAAAGGUGCAACCCUAGUGAAAUCUUUAAGGCGCGCAUCAGAAACAGUGGCGUACACACAACCCAUGGGGCCUCGGUGCGAAAACUGAUCUCUUACUCUGCGCGGGCUGGGGCCGCAACACAUGCGACUGCGGUAUGUACACCAGUGCAUGCAGAUACACAUACACUUUAAGGACCAUUAUAGACACCCAGAUCACAUCAGCUCAAUGAAGUGGUCAUGGUGCCAGGUCCCUCUAGUUUUAACCCUGUAGCUGAAAACAGAGAAACUGCUAUGUUUCAUUAAGGGUUAAUCGGAGCUGAGAGGCGGAUCUGGGUGGAGGGAUCCCCAGCGCCAAGGGAGUCCGGCGCUGGAGAAAGGUAAGUGCUAAAGACACACACACUCUCACGAACAGACGCAUACACACUAGCUAACAGACACACACAUUUACUGACAGACACACACUCAGUGACAGACACACAUACAAACUCACUUACAAAACACACACUCACUAACAGACACCAAACAGACUCACUAACAGACGCACACAAACUAACACAUUCAGUAACACACAAACUAACACACACACUGACACAAAAACUAACACUAACACACACACACACUAACACACACACACUCUAACACUAACACACACACACACUCUAACACACACACAAACACACUCUAACACUAACAUACACACACACACUAACACACACACACACACACACUAACACACACACACACACACUCUAACACUAACACACACACACACACUCUAACACUAACACACACACACUAACACACACACACUCUAACACUAACACACACACACACACAUUAACACACACUCUAACACCAACACACACACACACACUAACACACACUCUAACACACACUCUAACACUAACACACACAUACACGUUUUUUUUAAAAUGUAUCCCCCAGCCUCCCUACCUUUGGGAGUGCUGAGGGGAUUCCCUGGAGUCCAGUGGUGUUGCUGGGUGGCCGGUCACUGGGCUGGCUGUCGGGCGCGUGAGGAAGCACUCUUCCCUGAGUGCUUCCUGUUCAGCUACCUUGCGCGCCGCGUACUGAUGCUGGAGCCAGAAGAUGACGUCAUAUUCCGGCUCCGGUAUCAGUGCUGUGCGCGAGGGAGCUGAAGAGGGAGCACUCAGGGGAGAGUGCUCCCUCGCGCGCUUGUCAGCCUUCCCGCCGGGUGACACCAGGACCAGCCUCAGGGGCCUAUGAGGUGGCUGGCUCCUGGGCCCCCCAGAAGAAGAGGCUGUCCACACUGGCGUGCAUACCGGGUCGCAGGACGGCCGGUCACAGCCGUGACCCCUGCGACCCCGGUAUGUAUGCCACUGACGGGAAGCCAGUGUAGGGACUGACAGAGGGGGAGGUGUGGGAGGUGCGGGUGGACAGGAAGAGGAGCCUCACUGCCGCAUUCAUUAUAGACUGUAACAGGGCAAGUUUGGAACACGUAAGACCACUGAGAAGCGGAUUACAGUAGUCAAGGCGAGAGAGGAGAGAGUAUGGACAAGCACCUUAGCCCUAUCAGGUAUUAAAUAGGCCGGUGGUGCGCUAUGUUUUUGAGAUGGAAGAGGCAGGAUUUGGUGAUUGGUUGGACAUGAGGGGUGAAGGAGAGGUUGGAGUCAAAGAGAACACCUAGGCAGCGAGCCUGCGAGAUAGAGCUCAUAACGGCACCAUUGACUUGGAGGGAAACAGACAAGACAGUAGCAACACUUGAGGGAGGUAAGACCAGAGGUAUUGUUUUGGACAGGUUCAGUUUAAGGAAAUGGACAGCCAUCCAGUUGGAAAUAGCAGAGAGGGUGUCAGAGACACGAGUCAAGAGGGGUGGUGUGAAAUCAGGGGAGGACAGAUAUAUUUGCAUGUCAUCCACAUAGAAAUUAUACUUGAAGCCGAAGGAGCUGAUGAGUUUACCAAGGAAGGCAGUGUAGAUUGAAAACAAUAGGGGAUCAAGGACAGUACUUUGGGGGACACCAACAGAAAGGGAUUGGGGAGAAGAGGCAGAGAAAGAAUCACUGAAAGAGUGCUGGGAGAGGAAGGAAGAUACACCAAGAGAAAAUAGUAUCUGGUAGACCGAGAUUACAUAGGAUGAAAAGCAGCUGUUGAUGAUCAACAGUGUCAAAAGCAGCAGAAAGGUUUGGAGAAUUUCUGGAGUCAGUGAUUUUUGGCCUAUUUCCCAGUGAAUUCACGUUGUAGUGUCAAUAUUAUAACCUUCUAUGUGUUGUUAGUAUAGUCUUAGUAUAGUUAGUAUAGUCUUAUAAUAGAAAAUAUUUAUAUGAAAGAAAGUGUAGUGCACAAAUAACACAUAAGAAAAAUAAAUUAAUGAUAUGAUUUCAUAAUUAGAAACUAAUUCAGUUGAAAUAAAUAAUCAUAUAAUUGCUGUGUAAAAUACUUAAAGGUUUUCUCCUUCUUAAAAUAUGUAAAUAAUGCCCUAUUGACAUUAUUCUUAAGGGACCCACCUCCCGAACGCUUGAGAAGCGUUUUAACAAAAAGGUUACACUUACCGUAACCCAGCGCUGGGGUCCAAUCAAAGGCUUCUCAUAGAAAAGGGAGGACAGAAGAAACACAAAAUAUUAGAUGGGAAUAGGAAGAUGGGAGGGCUACAAUUAAGAUGUGUGGGAGGGAGAGGUUUGAGGAGGGUGGGAGAAGCAAUCUUUCCAUGGCAGGCGCUCUCAGACAUUUUAAUGCGCAUCAUUGAAAUUAGGCAUCUCGGAACUGAAUUCUGGGCUGCCAAUGUCACAUGUACUGGGGGUGCAACUAGCCCCCAGCACACAAUUAACAAUAACACUGGAUGUGAAGUGUUUCAAGUUAUAUCACUGCACAUCUAGACUCCUACCACUUCAAAAUGCAUAUAUGGUCACAGUCACAGUGGUUGGAGUAACCCUUUAAGAACAAUGUUGUUACUAACACAGGAAUACAAUUAAAAGUUUCCUAAUUUACACAUUAGUUAUCUAAUAUGGUAAACGCCACCACUACAUCUAAAUUCCAAGAGAUACAAAUUCAAUAUAUCUAACGCAGAAUGGCAACAUAUAUACAUAGUGAGAGAGAGAGCAAGAGAGAGCUUUCCAUGGGCGAUUGAGAGACCCAGAUAAGUGUAAAAUGGCUUCACUAUUAGCCGUGGGACAGUGUUAUGUGGUUUCUGUCACCAUAACCACUACACUGUGUCGAUUGACACUUUAAGUCUAUUGAACUACAGUAAACUGCUUAGUUAAUUGUGCCAUCUUUACUUGGUUACCAACAGGAUACAUUUAAGGCUUUUCUUAAUAUAAUGCAAUUUUACCUGUGUAUACUAUUUCUAACAGGAGAUCAUAAUAACAAUAGUGUAGUUUUAGAAAGAAUUUUAGAUUUUUAAUUAGUAAGUGGUUUCUCAUUUUUAUGCUUAUAAACAUACAGUAUUUAGGUAUUCAACUGUUGAUUAUGCAAAAUAAACCAAAAUAUCUGGAAGAUAAACCAAGCACUGUUCUAGUCCUAAAACCAUGCAUUGGGCACAUGUUUUAUUAAGCAGAGAAGCAAGACUAAAUAAGGGUUUGUUUAUGUAAGUAGAAGAGAUAAAAAGGCAAGCCAUGUGAAAAACUACUUUUAGGAACCUAUCAGUCAAAUAAAAUAUUACACAAACUCAAUUCUCAUCUCUUGCAGUGAUAGUUCCUCAGUGAGAUCCAAAGCCUUGUCAUGGCUACUCUUUUUUGUGCAGUCACAACUUCUUAUAAAACUCAAAGAUCACAUUCUAAAAGCACUAAUGAUUUUUAAUGCAUCCCUAUAGUUCGAAAAAUGAUUAUUAUUAUUAGCAUUAAAUGAGCACUAUAGUGUCAAGAACACAAGCAUGUAUUUGACAUUAUAGUGGUAAAAUAAGUAUUUAGGCAUCUGCCCCCUUUGUCCCCUUUUAAAACGGUGUUUAAACUCACCUUUUUUUCCAGCACCAUGCGGUCUUACCAUGGCUGGCCUCUCCUUCCUCCACCUACAUGGCAAAUUUGACGAUCUCAGUCAAUAGAAUGCUUUCCCUCUGGAAAGCAUUGGGAAGCUAUUUCUAAAAUAAAGGUAUUUGAAACUUCGAUAAGAAUCUUUAUCAAUCUCUCAACUGAUAAUGUAAUGACAGUGAAAUGGUAUAGUACAUUUACUCAUACCGCCCUUUCUGACUUUGGGAAUUAUAUGACCCAUUGCAACUUCCAGUACUGUUUGAAAGCAGGGGAUGACUUUAUAUUUUCAUAAAAUGUACAUGCAUUAUAUCAGUGACUAGUGGCUUUGUUCCUCUUCAGGCUGAUAAUUAUAACUAGAGUAUAAAUAAGGGUAAGUGAAACUGUAUAGCUAGAUUUCUUCUGCAAAAUACAAAGAUUUGUACUCAAUACAGGUAGUGAAAAUGACCAAAAGCUAGAGGAUAAUCAAAUAGGAUGAAUUAGGGCAUUCCAAAGGAAUGGUAUGGUCCUUGAGAAAUCCUGAAAGUGACAAUGGGCUAUGUGAGCCAAAUUCCCACCUUUUGGUAAGAAAAGGUGGGGCCAGAAUGAAAUGUUACAACAAAGCAGUGAGCUUCAGGACUUGGUAUAAUGGAUAUUCUAUUAACAUGGCUAAUAUCCCACCACAAAGGAGGUGGGAUAUUUGAAAUGUUCUCCCCCCCCGGCCCCCAACCCUGAGCGGUGGCCCUAAAUAACAAUAAGGGGGGACCUAAUGUCCUCCCCCCGGCCCUCACCCCUGAGGACAUUAGGUCCCCCCCAUUGUUAUUUAGGGCCCCCACCCGCUGCGCAGGGGUGGGGGCCGGGGGGAGGACAGUAGGCCCCCCCCAAAUUCUUAUUUAUGGCCCCCACCCGUCGCUCAGGGGUGGGGGCCGGGGGGGGAGGACAGUAGGUCCCCCCCUUAUUGUUAUUUAGGGCCCCACCCGCCGCUCAGGGGUGUGGGCAAUAGGUUUUUUUUCUUUUUUUUUACAGUGAGCAGCCACUGGCUGCUCACUUUUUACUAGACACGCCCCUACUCGCGGUAUAGCGAGUAGGAGCUGAAUUUACUAAUACUAAGUAAUCCUUACUUAGUAUUAGUAAAUGUGGCUGAAAGACCAAUUUAGCCAUUUUUGUGCCCAAAAGUUCGGGUCCCCCGUGUAUAUGAAUGUGUGUGUGUAAUUUCUCUAUAAGAAGGCUGUACCCACACUCUAAUUACUGCUCGACUCCAAUGUACUCUUAGAGACCACUUAUUUGGUGGACCUGUUAAUGAACUUCUCUUACAUUAAAUACAAUUUAUAAUAAAAUCAUUUAUAUAAAAAUUAUUUAAUAAUUUAAAUAAAUAAAAUUAACUAUAGUUUCACUGAUUUUACUAUAUUAUCAAGGUCAUUCAAGAUUAACACAUAUCCCUCCCUCUUUUUAAUUAGGAUGUUGGUAACUGUCACUUUUUACAAUCACUGAUCAUUAUUACAGAGAGUAUUGCAGAAUGCUUUGAUUCAUUGUGUUGGCAUAUUACUCAAAGAAAGUUCAGAGUAAGCCAUUAUGUCUAUGUAUACAUACUUGUUUAAUGAAUAAUGCAUGUUUAUAGACUUUACUGCUCUGAAUUGUAGAGCUGCCAGAUAUAUCUAUAAAAAUAAUUCUUUUCAGAUCACAUAAAGAAUUAAUUUUAGGUACUAAAACUCGUUUCACGAGUUGUUUCAGUUAUAAUGGUUUGAAUGCUGCAUUAUCAAUCUAUGUCUAUUUGUGUAAGUGUUUAAAUACAAAUACAGAUUUGGUAAAAUAUGACAUUAUUUUAUACUGCUUCAACAGUAUGGACUGGAUUGUUACAGCAGAAUAAAGGCCUACUGUGCUUACUCAGGUUUUUCCAUAGACUUCAAUGGAUGAAAUUCUAUUCGGUAAGAAGAGUAUGCCCUUACUAUGCUAAACGAAUGCUCCCCUAUAUUAGUGUCUCUCAAUCUUUUACAGAGAAGUAUCCCUGCAGGUCUAAAAACAGAUUAUUCCGUACCCCUGCUUUGAGAAUGUAAUCUAUAUUGAUUUACAUUCCAAAUGAAACAUGUAGACACUGAUAUUUAAGUUAAUACUAUAUUUGAGAACAAGCCUGAUUAAAGGUCGUAAAGAAUAUUUUUAAAAUAAAUAUGACAAAAUGUGAAUAUUGUGUAUGUAAGAAGGAGUGUAUGCACUAUUAAUCUGAAGUAUAAAAGUCACAAAAUGAAAAUAUAAUACACACAUAAUACUUACACACGAAGAGCACUGACAGACACAUUUACACACAAAGGACACUGACACACAUUUACACAUAGAGGAAACUGACACACACAUUUGCACACAUGAAAACUGAGACACACACUUACACACAGAGGAUACUGACAAACCCUCACUGGCACACACUCUCACUGAUUUGACACACAGUGACAGACACACUCACUGACACACACUCUCACUGAUUUGACACAUACUGACAGACACACUCACUGAGACACUCUCACUGAUUUGACACACUGACAGAUACACACACGUUCACUGACAGACACAUUCUCUCAAGCACACUCACAAAUGAUUAUCAUUUGAUUAUUUUUAUUUAAAGGGACACUACGGGCAUCCAGACUUUAUUGAAGAGGUGUCCCCCUAACCCUGUAAUCUAAAACAUGGCAGUUUUUCAGAGGAACUGCAAUUUUUAUAUUGCAGGGUUAAGAAUAGCUCUAGUUAGGGUUACCAUGUUCUGGAAAAAAAAAAGAGGACACCUCCAGGAACAGAUUCUCAAGGGGCUGGAAUUUAAUCACGGGAGUUCAACGAAGCAAAAGUGAUGGUAGGAGCCGCAAUCAAUCCCAGCAGCCACCCGGUGCUCUGGAGCAGGACCAGCAAUCCCACAACGAUAAGGCACCUUAAAUGCCUGGAGAAUUUCUUGUGUUGCCUUAUCUUUGUGGGAGUGCAAUGGAGGCCAAGGUACCACCCCCUGGGUUUGUGCUGCGUAUAGGGGAUAUAUAUCUGCAGAUAUAGUCACCAAAUUAUUGCUUUUUCCAGCUAGUGUGGCUUCUGUCAUGUCCAUGCUCGUUCCAGUGAUGUCGGGGCCAUCAUGUUCUUUGUUAAAUUUUGUAUAUAUUGUGUAUUCAUAUUGUUGUUGUACUUUAUUGUACCCUAUUAUAACAAUGCAAUGUUUUGUGGACCCAGGACAUGCAGAGAUUACAGCUCCCUUGCUGCCUGGCUACAUCCUACCCCCAGAAAUGAUAUUUCGGCAGAGUAGUCACCUUUGGUGCGGAUAGGCAGGUGCUUAUUCUGGCUUGGUGCACAGUUGGCUACCUCCAGUGGGGCCCUAAGGUGGCCUGCCAGCUCUUAGCGUACCCCCUGCUUUUGGUGUGCAUACCCCCCAGGGUACACAUACCACAGGUUGGAAACAAAGUUCUCUAUGACAUGAUUUUUAUAAAGUUAGGGCUAGGGGUAGGGGUAGGUUAGGGCAGCACUGUAACAAAUAAGAACCAACACAUAUGGGAGUUACACUCUUGGAAAGCCAGUGUGCUGCAGUAGUUAUGGUGCCAGAAGUCCCCCGUCCCCCCCCCUCAUAGUAAGAAGUCAAACUGUUUUAAAGUGACAGAUGACUUAUCUUCACUUCUAAUGACAAUUCAGGGUUUAGCUCAUUGGCUGAGAGGGCUCAACUAACACUAUCAGUCAAUGAGCUAGCCUUGCUCUGCAGACUUAGCUCAGGAGAAUUAAUGGAAGUUCCUAUUUAAGAGAAGUUGUUUUUGGAGGUUGGAAUUUUUUUGAAAAUGAAAGUUGUUUUGGUGCUUAGGUUGUCCUUUUUAUGACCACAUGACAAACAUAAAUUUAAACAUAUAAAGAAUUUUCCUUGAGAUCACCUUGAUUAUUUUUCAACAGAUAUAGAUGAAGAAUGGCAGAAGACUCAGUGUAUGCCUAGGGAGACCUGCGUGGAUGUCGAAAAGGAUCUUGGUACAGGUGCCGGGAGCUUCUUUAAGCCCCCCUGCGUCUCUGUUUAUAGAUGUGGAGGCUGCUGCAACGAAGAGGGAGUUCUUUGCGUCAAUACAAGUACAUCUUACAUAACGAAAACGGUAAGAAAACUGAUCUGACAACUCACCAUGCCAAAAAGAAACCAUGCACAGGGCUAUUAAAUGGAGUGAGAAUUCAAAGAUAAUUACUAAUUUCAGAUCAAAAUAGCUGAAACUGAAAUUCUCUAAUUCAGAUACGCGUUCAGUUCGGCUACUCUGGCCGAACUGCAUGCCUAGUGAAUAGCCUUGUAAAAAAAAUAAAAAAUAAAAAAAUAAAAAAAAAUAAAAUAAAAAAAAUCAGCCUGAUAUUAUUUUUCCAAUAAAAUAGAAAAAAAACUGAAUUAUUAUGAAGGAAAAUAAACAACUCACAGGUUAUUACAGGUUAUUCACUGAAGUGUGAAUUGCAGGGAAUUCAAAGUGAAUUCCAUAUUAUUCCAAACUUGCCGAAAUGGAUAACUACCCCAAGCUAUGGUUUUAGUUCGCGUUUUUAGGCCCAAAAUGUUUAUUUCAUUUUGUAUUCACAUUCCAAAUUCCAAUUCACACUUUAAUGAAAAAUAAUUUAUUCCACUGAAAAAUGAGUAAUUUGGAUCAGAAAUCUAUCUGAAUAGAAAGCACAUUUUCAAAGACGUCGAUCUCCAUUUUUAUCCUCAAAGUUGACUAUGGAUAAACAAGUUAUAAUGAUAUAAAUACAGUAUUUUGCAUUCCCAUAUGUUAGCCGAAUUCCUUAGUUUCCAUCUGGAACAAUCCUGUGUAAUUAUCAAAAUUUUGGCACACACAAUGUAGCACUUAUGUUUUCUAGUUUACAACAGUUUUUAAACUCUAGACUUGCGAGAAUAAUUGUAUUUAGUUUAGAUUAUUUUGUAACUAGAAUAGAAAAAUACUAAAUGUAUGGAAAGAAAAGUAUAAAACAUAUUGGCAUAUUUACUUGAAUUACUGCUGCUGUAUAGAUUUAUGAACUACUUUAUAAAAAAUCAAAUGUGUAAUAGUCUCCAUAUCUUUAUACUAUUCUGCAUUAUCUGUUAAAUUGACAGAUUUGUGAGUUUAUUUAUUUUUUUGCUAACACUUACGGUCUCUCUGUGAAAGAGUAGAUUAUCAGAGGAACAUAAAACCUCAUCUAGUACAAUGAUUUGGCAAAACCUGCUAGGGUUUGUUAGGCUGAUUCGGCCUUGAAGGAACAUGAACCAUAACCACUACAGAAUGUUUUAGUAGUUAUGGUGCCAGGAGUUUCCUUGUGCUCCCUCGCUUUCUCCCCAUGUAAGUAUUCAAACUUUUUGUGCUAAUAGUGCCUGCCUUUCUGACAGCUAGCAAACAGUUUGACUAACACUGGGGAAAGCAGGGAAGUACCAGGUCACUUCUGGCACAAUAACCACUACAGAAUGUUUACAUUUUAAAUUUACUUUGAAUUCCCAUCACUUUUGUUUCUGCUUAUGCAACUAUUGCCACACCUUCCCUGGCUGUGACUCACACAACUUAAAUAAAAAAUGGUUUUAUUUUCAAUCAGAUGAGACAUAACUGUGUUUUUUGUUUUUUUUAAAGAAGUUUUUAUCUUCUGCUCUGUUAAUUUAAUUUCAACCACAUACAGGAGACUUCUGCACACUCUAGCAGGCUGCUUACAGGGCAGGAGAUAAUACAUUUUAACUUAAACAGUCUGUGCAAUAAAGUAAGUUUAGUAAUUAGAUCUCUCUUUGCAUUAAAUAAGCAGGGAGACUGUGUUGGUCUCAUGUAGGGGAGGUGGGACUAGGGUUGCAUAAACAAAGUGAUUACAUUUCUAAAUAGCAGAUAAUUGAUCAGUGAAUCAGUGAGACAGCAGAGGCAUGAUCUACUCACCAAAAAAAAAAAAAGCUAAAGUUGUUUUGGGGCUUAUAGUGUCCUCUUAAUCCAGUUAUUUUUUUUCUCUUUUCAUCCUAACCCUCUCCUUGGCCUAGUAUCUAUUUAAUUUAUCUGUUUCCGUUUCCCCUUUCUAACUCCCUUGGUUUUGUUAUUACCCCAUUAUCUGUCUGUCUGUCUGUCAGCCCAUGUUAUGUAAUACAACCAUCUUUAGUAAAACAACUAAUAGCUAUUUCCAUCUAAGACCUUUGAGUGCUCUCUUUCCUACUGAGUGUCUGUACAUACACACACACACACACACACAUGCGAAAGCUCACCCAGAUUGUAAGGUUUCUGCAGAUGUUACUGGAGAAGGAAAGUCCCCGGGGAGCUUUUAAAAGAGGAAAAUUCAGCUGUAUCGAACAUGUAAUAAUCUAAAAAUAUAUGUAUUUUUAUACAUUAUCUAAAUGUUGCAUUUCAAAUAAGUGGUACAUCAACCCUAGAGUGCUAUUUUGUUACGCAAAUUGACUAGACUUUACCUCCUUUAGGAGUUGGGAAAUAAAAUAUUUUAUACAGAAAUAAAUAAAAUGAACUAUUGUUUUCUUCCUUAGCUUUUUGAAAUUUCAGUUCCAGUGACGCAGGCUCCAGAACCAGUUUUUGUUAAAAUUGCCAAUCACACCAGCUGCAAAUGCUCGUCCCCUUCUCCACGCCAGCCAUAUGGAAUUAUCAGGAGAUCAGUUCCAUAUUCAGAGGAUGGGUAAUGUUUUAAUCUCAUUGUUCAUUCUUAUUUAUGAGGUUUGCAUAGCUAGAAUAGCAUUGGAAUUCUGUAGACUGUACGUGGGCAAUGCGUCUACCUAACAGAUUGUUCAUUAUAUAAUUUGCAGGAGGUAAUGUCUCUGUAUCUGGCAUUCAUUACAUGUGAUAUACAGUGCAUUUAUUGCUAUAUUCUUGUCCACAUAAGUAACAUUCCUCUUUAUUAUGGAGUCACUGUAGGUAUGUUAAGUGUUUUUAAAAGCGCGUGCUGUGGAUCGUACAGCUUGCCAGGGGGGAACUCUGUGGAAAAGACUACAAUUAUGCCCUUUGACCUUGCAUUCCAAACAAUGUCUAUGUUUAAAUACAGAGAAAAAAGAUGUAGACAUCAUAUCGUACCAAGAGUUACCAUUUUAUUAUGUUUACUCUUGAUUAUGUUUGUUAAAUGGAGCAGUGUUGCCUAAUUGCUGGCAAGGAACUCAGAUAGAGGCAAAAAUGUAAAUUUGUAGAUUCCCCAAGAUUUACAUGAUUUAUAGAGUAAUGGCUACAAUUUGAAAAAUUUUAUAACGCAAACAUCUACCCAACUAACAGGCUUGAGAACGUUGAAGAAUGCAGAGAACGUUCAACGGCUUAAAUAGCUUAUUAAAAAGUAUUAGUGCCUUUAAAACCUAAAUCACGUACAAUGUCAUUGUGUGUGUGUGUGUGCUGUUUUUGUGUAUUGUGUGGGGGCGGGGGGACCGUUUAGUUAAUAGCCCCCCUCCCUUCUUACCUUUUGUAGGGAGAAGGGGCCUUGCUGCUGCCAUCCCUGGUGGUCCAGUGGUGAGUGAACUUUAGCCUGUGGGGCUAGGGUUCACUCUCGCGAGAUCUGAGCAUUGCCGCGGCAAAACUCCGACCUCGUGAGAGGAACCUGGAGGAGCUGCUGGCUAGAGCUCCCUGAGUCCUCUCCUGCCUCCCUCCCUGCCUGUGGGCACAUAGCGCGGGCCGCAGGGGAUAAGGGUGUGCCCAGGCACACCCAGCACACCCCGUGCGCACGCCUAUGAGCACCCUGGAGUCUGUCAAACAAUUCAGAAAUGAGAGGAACGGGUUAGGCAUUUUUCAUGGUGGUCUUGUUUAAUGCCCUGUAGUCAAUGCAUGGGUGUAAUUCUCCAUCAUUUUUUAGACACGAAAAAGAACCCUGCACCAGCAGGUGAGGAUGAUUUAUGUAUGUGGCCCUUACUUAGGGGAUGUUUGAUGUACUCUUCCAUUAUUGUACUCUCCGGUGGGGAAAAGGCAUAAACUGCUCCCUUGGGUGGCAUAGCGCCGGGUAGCAGAUUUAUGGAACAGUCAUAAGAUCUGUGAGGAGGUAGAGUAUUGGUUUGACUCUUACUGAAUACCUCCUUAACCUCCCAGUAUUUUAUGGGAACUUCGGAGGCCUGAGGCGUAGUAGUGGGUAAAGUAACGAUGCCCACUCUUUUGGUAAUGGGUAAUACACAUCUCACAGUACAGUUUUUAUGCCACUCCAGUAUUUCUCCCUUUUCCAAGUCAAUAUGAGGAUUCUGCUUAAUGAGCCAAGGAAAUCCUAAUAUGAUGGGACAACAAGGAGAAGCAAAUAUCUGGAAUGUUAUGUCUUCCUUGUGUAAAGCUCCAAUGGAAAUGUUAAUAAGCAAGGUUUUGUGGGUAAUCAAGGGUUGAGAGAGCGGUCUCCCAUCAAUAGUCUCAAUGGCCAGAGGUGAUAAUCUCUCCUUGCUAGGUAUUAAAUGUUUUUUUAACAAAAUGUAUGUCAAUGAAAUUUACUGCAUGAAAAGUUAUUUUUGUUACACAGGACCAUAGCAUCAAAGAGAAACCUAUUUUGGUUAUUACCAGAGGAUGUAUCCAUCACACCUAAGACCUGUCCCCUUAAGGUUCUUAGGUGCAGAAUUUCUCUGGACGUAUGGCACAAGCACUCCUCAUAUGUCCUUUUCUAUAUUUAGUAUAGACAUAGACCCUCUCUUCUCCUAUAUUGUCUUUCUGCCUCAGACAGUCUAGUGACCCCCAACUGCAUAAGUUCAGGUUCGGACUGUACAUAGAGGUCAGCAACGACAGGUCUGGAGAAACGAGGUACCAAUGUCAUAGCCAUACGUCUGGUUCUAUUUCUGGUAGUUUCUCUGGUUCUAAGUCUAUUAUCAAUCUGCAUGACAAGUGUGAUAAACUCAUUUAACCUUUUAGGUAGGUCUUUGGCAGCAAUCUCAUCCAGAAUUGCCUCGGAUAAUCCAUUUUAAAAUGCAUUAACCCAGUAUUAGUUCAGCCUACCUCAGAAGCCAAGGUGUGAAAUUCUAUGGCAUAAUCUGAGAUAAAAAGGUUCCCUUGUUUGAUCUGCAUUAGGGCAGUGGAGGCGCCAUCCUCCCUGCCUAAUGGUUCAAAUGUUAAUUUGAAUUCCGCAAGGAAUUCCUGGUAAUUAUAUGCAAUACUCCUAUUACUCUCCCAUAAAGGAUUGGCCCAAGCUAAGGCUUUACCUUUUAGUUGGUUUAUUAGGUAAGCAAGCUUAGCUCCAUCUGAGGGAAAAGAUCCCGGUGAGGCCUCAAAGUGGUACUCAAUUUGAUUCAGAAAUCCCUGGCAUUUUUGAAUAUUGCCAUCAAAAUGUGGGGGAGGAGAUAGGGAGAUAGUAGGUGCCUUAUGUACUUUAGGCAGAGUUGACAUAGUUGGAGAAACCUCAGGCUGUAAAUGCGCUGUUUGAGUAAGAAGUGUACUGAAAGCCUGGGCAAACUGAUCCAUGCAGUGAUCAUUCUCUUCUAGCUUUCUCUCACAAGCUGCUAUAUGUUGACACAGUUCUGCAGGAUCUAUGGCCAUGUCAUAACAUGGCAUAACAUAACAUCAGGAUACUAGUUGAUCCAGCACGCAGAACUGUAUCACACUUAGGACACACCGGGCCUUAGAAUGGCCGGACUUAAUGUACUAAAGAAUAGUCAGAAUACUUACCUAGGUCGGGGACACAGAAUGAGACACAACGAUGAGGGAAAGUCAAGGAUACCAGAAUACAGGGAAGUCAAAACGAAGCCAAAGUCAAUAACCAGAAAUAAACGCUCAGGAACAAACUCUCGGACAACCACUAAGGGAAACCAUGACAGGGCAAUGAGCUUAAGGAAUAGGCGAGUUUAAAUAACCCUCCUAUGGUUCCCAUUGGCUGUAACCGGUCUCUGACCCCAGAACAUGCAUGUGUGUCCUUUGUGUGAUGUCACACGCACGUCGACGUCAUCAUUUCUGUGGGCGGACAUGGGGUUAUAAAUUGGAAUUGAUCCGCAGCGGCCGGCGUCCUUCAACAUAACGCAGAUACAUCGGCACAGGGCUGCUGAGUAGCACCUCCGUUAAUGCCAGAAAAUAAUUUGUCAUUAUGUGCACUAAUAGGUGAGGAUGAAGUAAGAAGAGACAUAUUUCUAAAUGUCAAAAGAUAAGCAGUUUAAGUACUACGGUGUAGGCUAGUUUUUGUAAGAAAGAGAACUUAAUGUAGGAUAAAGUUCAUUUAAGCAUAAAGCAUUACACGAGUCCAAGUUUGCCAAAUUUAAUAUAGGCUAGCAAUUUAUGGCACCUACAAGCUUGAGCCUUGGGAUCAAGGUUUAUUCCUUCACAGCGGUAGCACUAGAUGGAAUAUUCUCCAUACCGAGGCCAGCUAAGGUGCCAUACACAGCUACAAGGGACUUAGUAAUUCAGUUCCAGAACCAAAGAGACAAAUCCGCAGUCUUAGAAGCCACCAGGGGCCAGCCAACAUACCUCUUCGAAGAGAUGGCCCUCACAUUCUACUUGGAUCUCUCACGUGAAACACUGGCGUGGAGGAGAUCCCUGUAACAAUUUACCCCUCUCCUGUGAGCGCAAUGCAUCAGGUACCGCUGGGGCCCAGCCCAUGCUCUGUUAGUCACCAAAGGCGACACCACGCACACCAUACUUGAUAUGCAAGAGGCCACGAAGUUUCUGAGGCUAUUAGACCUUCCCUUGGCCCAUCUAAACCAUCAGCGAAGCCCACGCACCCCCCAAGUGGGACUCAGGCAUUACUCCUGAAUUUGUGCCCAGACGGACAACCACAGAAUCUUAUGCUGCAGCCACAACCUGAACCCAAACCGAAAUAAACAGAAAGUUUGCUGGGACAUUCUCCCACUACACAAAGUUUAUUGUUUACCUAUCUUUUAAACGUUGACUGCAUAUGCAUUAGACCACAACCACUGACAUGUAGGUCCCAAGCUUUUGCACAGAUCUACCCGACUAUCAGCAGACCCCCCCUCUGCGCCUCAGGGUAAUUCAGGUGCACAUCAAACUACAAUAGCCUCAGUUUGCAAGGGGAACACAAAACCUUUGCUCCUCUCCCUUAAGAGGAUAUAUCCGCCGUAUCCUGACCAAAUCACCCCCACACAGUAUAACAAUUUAACAGUUAUUAAUCUAAUGUGUUUCCUCGAUUACAUCUGUGCACACGCAUAUUAUAAUUAUAUUAUCGAUGAUCCUAGUGAAACGUUUAAUCCCUUGGCUGACAUAGCUGACCGCAAUCACUUUCACCAUUUCUUCAUUUAAUAUAAAAUGUGCAAUGAUAUUCAUGCCAUUUUGUCUUUAUAUGUUGACGGAAGCUUUUACCUGUUGGGUAGGUGAUAUGGGAGAAGUGUGGGUCGAGGUUUUAUCUGAUGCUGACCUUAGUUUGACAGAUUUUACCGUUUUGUGUAAGACUGUCAUUAUCAUGCUUUUAAUUUAGAUUAUAAAUCCUGAAUUUAGAGAGUCAUCCAUUUGGUAAUGUCUUCUACUGCUGUCAUUUUUGCUCUCUGUGUUUUGUCAUCUUUCAAUUAUCCAAUUUAAAGCUGUAAGUCGUCCAUGUGUAGUUGAAAAUAUGUAGGAAGAAACUAAAGUCUGUAUCUCUUAUUGAGGUCUGCAAGUUAUUUUACUAUAGCAAAGAGUGAUGAUCCAUAAGCAAUCAUGGUCACUAAAAUAACAUUCAUAGCCUCUAAGGCUCAAUUCUGAAGAUGUUCUGGAUUCAUGGUAAAUAUUGUGGUUUUUGGCUCAGCUCACAACUUGAUUUCUCCGAUGCUAAAUAUUUAGAAGUCCUGGAAUUGUAGAAUAUAGCUACUUAGUGUGGGUCAGGGUAAGAUGACAAGAUUAGGCGCCAAGAGAUCAGGCAAAACCAGGGGGCUGAAAACAGACAGAAAUGUAACUGAUUAUCAUUCAGUUAGUCCUCAUUCAUGUCUCAGACAAGUUUUAGCUCACAUCUGAUGUUGAGCAGGUAACCUAUUUCAUUUUCAUAUGAAACUGAUCAUACCCACAUGGGCUUUAGAGGUCUGAAAUGCCAGGAAUGUUUUCUCUGCAUGAAAGAUACAGGAACCUCAGAUGAUCAUUUUAGUAUUGGGCCUCGUGAGUGAGGUCUGACUUAUACAGCUAAAGGCCCACCCUGACCUUAUUAAUACCUUCUUACUUUUUUUUUUCCUCCUCUUUUGGUCAGAUUGCAAAACUCCUGCAAACCAUAGAAUCUUUUCCAGGUGCCCGGGACUGUCAUAAUAAAGGAUGCCAAUGACCACAAAAAUGUGACAAUUAAAAUAUAUAUAGAGUAUAAUCCUGAGCCAGAAAACUAUUUUAAUGAACUCUAACCCCCUCCCUAACCACUCAUACAAGAGAUUAGGAAAUUUCCAUAGAACAUGACAGACAUAUGUGUGUCUAAUGGGAAUUAUGACAAAAUAAGGAAGAAUGUUUUGUUUAAAAGAAAAAAUAAAAGCAGGCAUAGUGUCUGCAUUCCUGAACACAUAUGCUUGUGCCGUGAAUCACUAAGGGAGAGCUGUUGUGAUUCUAAAACCCUGGGGUUUCAUGAGGUAAAUUCAAAUUGAUUCAUGAUGAGAAAUAGGUAAGCAUAAGAAAACAGAACAAAAAUGCGAUACUGCAGGCUCAGAAGUCAAUUGACUCGUAAAACUUUUCAUUCCCAUUUCAUCGUUGGCCAACAAUUUGAGCGCAAUUCAUGGUAGACAAUAAUAUGCAUGCUUGUUUAAUGAAAAAAAUGAUGAACAAUAAUGUUUUAUUUUAUCAUCGUGGUUUCAAGUGGUUUUCUUACAAACUUCUCUAAAUGUGAUCCAAAAUAUCAAUGUAUCAUUCCAGAUGUGCAACGAUUCUUUGCAGUAAAAGGCUGAGAUUGGAUAUACUAAUCAUAAUGGAUAAUACACAAGAUUCUAACUGGUAACCUGCCAGGUGUUAGAGAACCAUAAACCCAUGAGGAUUUGGCCUAAUAAUGGGUGAUGGUCAGGAACCAAAAGAAAAUAAAUCCAAAUAUUUUAUUUUGAUUGCUACUCAUUAUUUCUUAUGCUAUGUUAAAUUCAUAUUGCCCUUUUAUCCUAAGGGUAAUAUGUUAGCAUUAUAUCAUCCUUAUUAAAGGGACACCGUAGGCACUGUAUCUGCUUCAUCUCAUUAAACUGGUUAUUGUGUCUGGAGUCCUCUGGUACCAUCAUUUCUUUCAGCAUUAAACAGUUUUUAAACUUUUAAUGUUUUAAUGCUAAACAAGAGUCCCCGGCAAUCCAUCCCCUCUGUGCUGCUUUGGCUAAUAAGGAAGUAUUAGCCUGAGCAGCAAUAGGUAGCUGUGAUUGGCUGAGAUUGUCAGCUGACUGCUUUUAGCCUGUCAGAGUUCCAACUGACGGUAUGAAUGGGUAUGAUAACAAGGAAGUGUGUAAUCUCUGCCUUAGCUACACAUACUGAAGGGGCCGGACUGUGGGUGGCCAGGGACUUUUAUUUUGUGGCAUACUGCACAAACAUGGUGCAACACUGAAUGGAGGGACAGUGCCAGGGCACUCCAGGCACUAUAACCAAUUCAAAGAGAUGAAAUGCUUAUAGUGACUACAGUGUCCCUUUAAAUACAUACUACGUUGGGUACUUCUCACUGAGGUAGAAACAUAACACACUUACAUACAAUUAGUACAUUACAAGCGGUCAAACUCCCAUGAGGCAAUGCUAAUUUUGGAACAUGCCACAAAUAAAUAUACAUUGUAUUUAUAUCCCCAAUACUUAAAUAAAGGCUAGCAGCCCCCAACAUAUAUUUACACCAUGUAUACAUAGGGUAAAAAAAAGAGAGAUCGUGUCAGUAUGUGAGUGAAUGUUUUUCCCCAGAAGAUGGGCAUACCCUCAGCCAGCUUGGCUAGUCCUAUGCAGACUCAAGAUAGAGAACAGCCAAAACUUUCUGCUUCAAUACAUAGGACAGAACAGACAGUAAUAGCAUCAUAGAUAGCUCUCUAGACCUAAUGAAGCAUUGGAAUAAAGCCUACAGGCUGGCAAAGCAUCAUGGGAGCUCUAGCUUUACAGCAUCUAGAGGGCUUUCUAUGUAUUUCUUUUGGGGUAGCCAGUGGGUGCCUCCUAUGUCUUGAACACUGGCAUAGUAUCAUGGGAGCUUACAUUUAAAAUAUUUAUGGAGAGCUACCAGAAGGUUACCCCUGGGCUAAUUAUAUACAAUAGGUUAUGGUAUGAGAUGUAACAAUAGAAAUACAAUUGUUUCUUUUUUUUGAUUACACACAAGGAAAUAUAAAAUUGGCCAAGACAAAUUGCUCAAUGUCACUUAACCACAUCCUACCAUUAUAAGAUAAAAAAGCUCCAGACUUGGAACACUUAAUUAGGGCUAGUUUAAGAAAAUGUUUGAUUUGCAAAAAUGUGUAUUUUAGGUUUUUCUCACAUGAUCAAGAUUCUGUUUGAUUCACACUGAACUACAACUCCCAUAAUGUUUUGGCAGCCUAUGACUAUUGUAGUGGAUUAUGGGAAAUUUAGUCCAUAAACCGCUGGUGAUGCACCAUGUUUACACUUUUAUUUUAGAAGGCAUACAAUGUGACAUGCACUAUGUACACAGAUGAGUUAGCAGUAACAUUGUAAAUGUACAAAUAAUGCAGGUUACCAUGGGGAAUGCAAUUCUUGGAAUCAGGGUACCCUGAAAGCGACCCAUCCACUCCCUAAAAAAACAAAAAAAAACCCAUAAAAUUAAAGGGACAGAGAAUACAUUUGCCUAUAUACAUUUUUUAUGAUUUUUAAAAAAAAUUAUGUCAGUAUUAACAUUCUUAAAAGAGCUGGUAUAAUCUUCAAAUGAUCUCAUAAAGUGAUGUAUUGUAUAUAGUAUAUAUACCAUUAAUCAUGGUACUCUUCAUUUUAUUACAGGUGCCCUCAAGAUAAUAAACUAUGCCCCCAUGGUUGGCAGUGGGAUAACAGCCAAUGUGAUUGUGUGUUAGAAAAGGAGUCACCAGUUAACAGAAGAAGGGAAGGUAUGCCAGCAUAUAAAUUAUAUCUGUGGUUCCCAAACUUUUUAGGUGCAGUUCGCCCUUAAUAUUGCAAUAUUUUUCCAAGGCGCCCCAAGUCAAAAACAUUUCUAGGUUGUAUACAUGUACAGCGCUGCAGUAUAUACUGGGCUCCUGUAACAAUCCAGGCACAAUAACCACUACAGCCUGAUGUAGUGGUUAUGGUGCCAGGAGUGCCAUGGUACCCUCUCAGGGUAAGUAGUCAAACUGUUUAAGAACAGUAUGACAACUUACCUGUGGUCUGCCAUUAUAGGGGCUGUAGUAGGGGAUAGGGGCAUUGGUGUGUGUGUGUAUGUGUGAGGGGCGCAAUGUAUGUGUGUGUGUGUUUAUCUGAGGGGUGUAGUGAGUGUACGGGGGUGCUUUCUGUUUGUGAAGGAUGAUGUAGUGUGUGUGUGUGUGUGUGUGUGUGUGUGUGUGGUGAAGGGUACAUUGUAUCUGUGUGUUUGAAGGGUGGAGUGUGUAUGUGUGUGAGGAAUACAGUGUGUGCGUGAGGGGUAUAGUGUGUGUGUGAGGGUAUAGUGUGUUUGAUGGGGCAGUGUGUAUUUAUUGACGGGUACAGUGUGUGGGGGGGAAGUGUUUGUGAGGGGUGCAGUGUGUGUGUAUGGGGGGCAGUGUGUGAGAGGGUAACAGUGUGUGUGUAUGGGGCAAUGUGAAUAGGGGGGUCAGUGUGUGCCUAGAGGGGCAGUAUAUGCAUAUGGGGGGCAGUGUGUGCAUAUAGGGGGCAGUGUCUGUGUAUGGGGGUGCAGUGUGUAUGUAUGGGGGGGGGCAGUGUGUGUGUUACCUAGUUACAUAGCUAUAAAGAGACUUGCAUCCAUCAAGUUCAGCCUUCCUCACAUAUGUUUUUGCUGUUGAUCCAAAAGAAGGCAAAAAACCCAGUCUGAAGUGCUUCCAAUUUUGCAACAAACUAAGAAAACAUUCCUUCUUGAGCCAAAAAUGGCAGGCAUAUAUCUCCUUGGAUCAAGAAGCUAUUACCCCAUUAAUUAGAAAUUAUAUCCCUGUAUGUUAUGUUUUUGCAAGUAUUUAUCCAAUUGCUGUUUAAACAUACGUAUGGACUCUGAUAAAACCACCUCUUCAGGCAGAGAAUUCCAUAUCCUUAUACAGUUUUGUAGCUCGUCUCCGCACUUUUUCUAGUGCCAUGAUAUCCUUGUUUAGAACAGGUGCCCAAAAUUGCACAACAUAUUCAAGGUGUGGUCUUACCAGCAAUAUAUAAAGAGGCAAAAUUAUAUUUUCAUCCUGAGAAUUUUUGCCCCUAUUUAUACAUGACAAUACCUUACUGGCCUUAGCAACUGCAGAUUGACAUUGCAUAUUGCUGCCUAAUUUGUUGUCUAUAACAAUUCCCAAAUCCUUCUUGUGUGUGGUUAUCCCUAAUUUACUACCAUUUAGGGUGUAAGUUGCUUGUGCAUUCUUGACCCCAAAGUGCAUAACUUUGCAUUCCUCAACAUUAAAUUUCAUCUGACAUUUUAGUGCCCAGUCCCCCAAUCUAGCCAAAUCACUCUGCAGCAAAGCAAUAUCCUGCUCACAUUUUAUUACUUUACAAAGUUUUGUGUCAUCUGCAAACACUGAAACAUGGCUUUCAAUGCCUAUUGCAAGAUCAUUUAUAAAUAUGUUAAAUAGAAGCGGUCCCAAAACAGAACCCUGAGGGACAUCACUUAUAACCUUUAUCCAGCUUGAAAAUGUACCACUAAUGAUAACUCGUUGUACUCUAUCAUUAAGCCAGUGUUCUACCCAAGAACAAGAAUAUUCAUCUAGACCAAUUUAUUUUAGUUUGAAGACUAACCUAUUGUGAGGAACCCUAUCAAAUGCCUUGGCAAAAUCCAAGUAUAUCCCAUCCACUGCAAUGCCCUGAUCUAUACUUCUACUUCUUCAUAGAAUACAAUUAGGUUAGUUUGACAUGACCUAUGUUUCAUAAAAUCAUUGUGAUUAUUGCUAAUAACAAAGUUCUUCAAAAUGAAUUCCUGAAUAUUAUCCCUUAAUAGCCCUUCAAAUAUUUUCCCAGUCACAGAAGUUAAGCUCACAGGUCUAUAAUUUCCAGGCAAGGAUUUUGAACCCUUUUUAAAUAUAGGAACAACAUCUGCCUUCCUCCAAUCCUCUGGUACAAUACCUGAAACAAAAGAAUCUUGAAAGAUUACAUACAGAGGUUCACUUAUUUCCCCACUUAGCUCCUUAAGUACUCGUGGGUGAAUAUAGUCAGGCCCCAGAGCUUUAUUUACAUAAAUUUUCUUUUACUGCUACCUUGUCUCGAGUCAUCAAACCACAAGUUAUCUGCAAGCUUUUUGCAGCAAGCAUUUGCCAUAGGAUCCUCAUUAAUAUAUACUAAAGAAAAAUAGUUGUUUAAAAUGUCUGCCUUUUCCUGUUCUUCAUUAACUAACAGACCCAUCUCUGUUUCCAGUGUACCUACACUUUCAUUUUUUGUUUUUUUUAGAAUUGAUGUACUUGAAAAAAAAUGUGGGGGUUGGUUUUGGAUUCUUUGGCUAUCAAUUUCUCAUUUUCUGGUUUAGCCACUUUAAUUGCUUUUUUUGCAACAAUUAUUGGCUUCCUUAUAUCUUAUAUAGGAUACCUCUGAUUUGUCAGAUUUAAAUGCUUUAAAUGCCCUUUUCUUAUUUUUAAUCUCUUGUUUUACUUCUCUACUAAAACACAUUGGUUUCAAUUUGUUUCUUGUAUAUAUAUUACCCAAUGGUACAUACUGAGAAAUGUACCUUUCUAAUAUUUGUUUGAAUAGUUUCCAUUUAUCCUCAGUGUUUUUUUCACUAUGGAGUUUAUGCCAGUCGAUAUGUUGUAGAGCUGCCCUAAUCUUAUUGAAAUUGGCUUUCUAAAAAUUAUACAAUUUAGUAUACCCCACAUGCUUUUGUUUUUUUGAGUUUAUUUAAAAAAUUACCAUAUUGUGUCCACUAUUUCCCAAAUGCUCCCCUACUUGAAUGUUGGUCAAAAGAUCAACAUUGUUUGUUAUAACAAGGUCCAGACAAGCGUCCUUUCUAGUUGGUGCUUGUACCAGUUGUGUCAUUUAACACUUUCAAAAAUCUGAUUCCCCUUUCUGAAGUACUAAUCACUCUACCCCAAUUUAUAUCCGGGUAAUUAAAAUCUCCAAUAAUUAACGUGUUACCCAGAUUUGCAGCUUUCCCAAUUUGCGCUAACAGCUUUUCUUCCUCAUCAAUAUUUACAUUAGGUGGUUUAUAACAUAUCCCAACCAAUAAUUGAUUUCCCUUAAUUUGCCCUAAGCUGAUAUCUACAUAUAAAGCUUCCACAUUUUCCUCGUAACACUCCACAUGCCUAAGAUUUGAUUUUAACUCGUGGUUGACAUACAAACACACCCCACUACCCUUCUUGUUUUUCCUAUCCUUCCUAAAUAAUGUGUACCCAUUUAAGUUAACUGCCCAGUCAUGUGUUGAAUCCCACCUUGUUUCUUUUAUACCUAUUAUAUCAUAUUGUUUAGUGUAUGCUAUUGCCUCUAGUUCCCCAAUUUUGUUAUACAGGCUCCUUGCAUUAGUAAGCAUACAUUUAAUAUUAUCAUGAGUCAUUUGUAUUUUUUGUGAGUUUUUACCUCCUCUGUUCUGAGCUUGCCCUCUCCCCCAUCUCCACCCCCCUUAUACUGAGCUAAAGCCCAUCUCCUUUCUAUCCUGUCUCUUUAUUUUCUAGAUUGCUAUGACCCUCCCAUCCUACUACUAGUGUGUGUGUGUGUGUGUGUUUGGGGGGGGGGGGCAGUGUGUGUGUAUGGGUGGGCCAGUGUGUGUGUGUGUCUCUCGCGAGAUUCGGAGCAUUGCCGUGGUAACCGUGGCAACAUUCUGAGCUCGCGAGAGGAGAACGGGGCUGAGCUGCAUGUUAGAGCUGCCCUGGGUCCUCUCUCUCCCUUCCCUGCCAGCUGCCAGCAGUACACUGUGAGCAGGCCGGGGAGGGAGAUCUCUGAUCUCCCCUUUGGUCCUGCAGAGCUGGCCGGGGAGAGGGAGGCAUGGUUCCCGGUGCUAUCAUAAUAGCACCAGGAAAAUAUCGUGCAGCGCCCCUGUGUGCCCAGGGGGGCCGCGGCACACAGUUUGGGAACCGCUGAAUUAUAUAAUUAAUCCAAUACAAUCUGUUUCUGCAUGUAGACUUACAGAUUGACUGUUUUUUUUUCCAAAAGAUGCUACAUUUUCUUUUUAGCAAAUGACCUCAGAAUCCAAGUCAGACAAGGCAAAACCAGAACAAACAUUGCGAAUGAAGAUAGAAAUAGAAAGAUUGUUUUCUUAUCUCUAAAUUUAACAAAUAUAUAUUUGUGAGGUGUGAAAAUAACAAUUAAAGAAACACUAUAGCGUUAGAAAUACAAACGUAUUUUUAAUGCUAUAGUUUUGAGUUAACUGUGUUAAUGUCUCCUCUGCUGUGUGAGGGCUUGAAGAUGCUCCACCUCCUUAUCUGUGAUCAUCAAGAUCGAUUAUCUCAACCAAUCUAAUGCUUGCCAAUAGGAAAGCAUUGGGAGGCUAGUGCGCAUGCAUACUAAAAUGCAACACUGUGGCAAUCAGAUGGCCUCUAUGAGACUGAAAUAGCAAGCUUUACUCAGCUAUUUUGUUGGAAGCGCCUUUAAAACCUGCAAUGUAAAUAUUGUCGUUCCUUCAGAGCGGUAAUGUUUUCACAUGCAGGGAUAAAACUACGGAGAGUUGGCGCCUCAACCAUUUCAUUGAAUGCGUUAAAAUGUAGAAAUCCACACUUCAUAGCGUGCAAAUGGGAGCCUCCAGCUUUGUUCCCUGUAAAUCAUUGUUAUAGCUUUGUCCUUUCUACAUGGCAGUCAGCAUUGAGAAAGCAUACAGAGAAGAGGUGAAAUUAAACAUUGUUUAUAUUUCUCCUCUUCAUUUGCAAUGUUUGCCCUGGCUAUGUCUCGUCUGAACUUGAUUAAGUUGCCAUUGACUCAAUUUUUAUAAAUUUUUGUACAUUAAAAAAAAAUGAGGAACUCAUUAAAACCGGUUAAUACAAGAUAUAGGUGAGUUUCAAGUUUUUAUUAAUGAAUUACCUAAAUUCAUUUUAAUGUUCCAUAAAUUUUUAGUUAUAAAUGUAUUUAGGUAUGUAUUUAUUCCUUUACAUAGAGCUGGCUAUAUGUGGGGAACAUAUGGAGUUUGAAGACACAUGUGAAUGCGUUUGUCGCCGUACGUGUCCUGAACACUUUGUGCUGAACCCAGAGAACUGCAGCUGUGAGUGCCGAGAGACUCUAGACAGCUGUUCCCAAAAAAAGAAAAUAUUCCAUCCUAAAAACUGCAGGUAACAAAAUCUGGAAUGUGAUAUGCAAAAUAUGCUAAAACUGGCAGGGUAGCUGGGUCUCCUUAUUGGUUUAGCCUCCAUCUCUCAAUCACAUGAGUUUGUUUCCAUAGCAACAGAAAAUGAUUUGUAUGUUAAAAAAAUAAUUGCUCACAAAUGGAAUUUAAAUAACUCUGCAGUGUCAGGAACACAAACAUAUAUUUAUAAUGCUAGAGUGUUAUUAUAACUUUUCCUCCCUUAGUUAACCAAAUUACAGGAUAUUGCGUAUCUUAUUUCCUCGAGCUUGUCAGUUAUGCCAUGGUCACCCCACCCUCUAUGGCUGGGAAUAUUAAUACAUAAGGAUGCAUCAGGAGAAUAGUGCACCAAUCAGAAUCUCUUCAAGGCAUAGCAUUUGGACUCUCCAUGCAGAGCGUGGAGUUGCUGAAUGUCGGUUCUGUAAUAUUUGAAGGACCUCAACCAGGAAGUCCCUCAAGUGGCUGUCUGAAUGACAGCCACUGGAGGUGGCAUUAGGUAGCAAUGUAAACAAUGCCUUUUCUAAGAAAAAGCUGUGUUUGCAUUGCUGCCACUGCAGGGACAUUCUUUUUGCCACAAACCACUACAGUAAGCUGUUAUGAUUCUGAUACCUAGAGUAUCCCUUUAAUAUUUUCCAAAGGAGUAAAAAUACUAACAAAAAAUAAAAAAAUCACAAAAAUCACUACCAUCCUAAACAAUUUCUCGAAAACUAUUCUUCUAGGUCCCGACAUGACAUGAACAAUGUGAGGAAUAAAAACAGUCACCUUAAAGAUCAUACACUGUAUAAUUCCUGAAAAGGUCUCACAUGGUAUUAGUGAUAAGUAAGUAAGACUUGAACACCAUCUGUCAUAUCAUGUCACCCAUGGGAUCAAUUGAGAUUCAUUAAAGCAUCUUAUAAAAAAAGGAUUGGGCAGGCAAAACAGUCAACAGUGUCAGAAUGUGUAAUUAAAUUUUUUUUAAAAAACACUGAAAGCAAAAUGGGUUUUCUGUAUAGAGAUAUCGAGCUGUCUCUUAAAAAGAAAUUUCUUCUAAGUAAAUGUGUACUGUAAAAGGUCUACUUUUUUACUCCUGAUGUGGUGCACCCCACUGGCAGCAGAUCCUUGAUCCACACCACAGUAAGCAGAUCAUUGAUUAACAUACUGAAAUGUGUUCACAGAAUAUAAUAAUUAAAUUAUAUUUAUUAGAAAGCUUCCAUGGUUAUCAUCUAGUGGGGUCCACAGUACUAAUUACUUGACAUAACAUGUACAUGGUUAUUUCCAACCCUUUGGAAGUACCUAAUAUUUUUUUAAAAGUGGUGUACAGGAGAAAGAAGUUAAGUUGUUAUGCAGUUAUACUGUCACGAACAGAAGUUCAUUUGAUUGGUUUUGAGCUUAUAGCCAUGCUAUAUUUUCUUCAAAUUCAUAUCUCCUUAGUUUUGUUAAAAUGGAAAAAAGUUGUACAACUUUCUUCAUUGUAACCAUGCCCCCUCUCUUCACAACACAACUUCCUUAUUAGACGUACUCUGAAUGUGUACUCAGCUCAGCCAGUAAGUGAUCAGAAUGAGCUGAACUACUGACAUCAUUCUACCUCACAGUCAAUCACAGUCAUAGUAUUAUUUGUCCCCUUCUACCUCAGAAUGACUUUGAAAUACUAUGCAGAUAAUAAGAGGACUGCUAUUGGCUUUAUGAACAAAGUAGAGUCAUUAGCUCUGCUCACACCGAUCUUGCACUGGCUGAGCUAUACAGCCUACCUUUCAGAAGGUCGUUUUGUGAAAAGAGGAGAAAUGGCCAAAAAUUGCUCUUUUUUGUGUUUUUCUUUUUUUCAAGAAUAUUAUUUUCAUUUAGGGACGUUUACGAAAGUUACUAUUCAUUGAUUUUUCUUUCACAACAACACACCAGGGUUUUUAAAACCAUUAUGGUAGUUUAUGAUAUAUUUCUCUAGAUCAGGCUUCCCCAAACUCCGGCCCUCCAGAUGUUGCUGAACUACAACUCCCAUGAUUCGAACGAAAUAGAUAGGCUGAGAAUCAUGGGAGUUGUAGUUCAGCAACAUCUGGAGCGCCGGAGUUUGAGGAAGCCUGCUCUAGAUCCUCACCACCUCUGCAUUGUUGGAUUUCUUAUUUCAAUUAUUCAUUUUUGUUCCCCACAGUUGCGAAGAUGAAUGUCCAUUCCACGUCAAAGUCUGUCCUUUAGGGAAGCAAGUGUGCGCAAAAUAUUUUCGAUGUCCAAAGGAAAAACGGGGAUUUAGUUCAUCUCAAACCAGAGAAAACCCCUGA